AUGCAGCUGGUUCCUGGCCACUCAUCAGAGGAACGGCAUAAAGAUCUUUAUGACGAUGAUGACGAUGAUAAUGGUUAUUGCAAAGUUCUUGUCCAUUAAUAGCUUGAGUUCUAUCAUCCCAAUUGGAUUUUUUAUGAGGGAUCGCUUUUAUUCCCCCCAUGAUAUAUUACACCAGACGUGUGUGUGUGUGUGUGUGUGUGUGUGUGUGUGUGUGCAUGCAUCUAUUAGCCUACUGUAAUACUGGAUUAAUAUUAGGCAGAAGGCAAAGAUCAAUUUUUGGUGGCACCGUGAAUAAUGUGUGUGUGUGUGUAACGAGGGGGGUGAAGGGGGGGUCCGUUGUGUGUGUGAGGGAUGGUCUCACACAGGGAUGCUCCAUAGAGCCCACUCAUAUCAUUGUUUCCCUACUUGGUGUGCAGUCUUGCUCCAUAAAGGGGCAAAGCCAAGGGUGCUCGAAACAUCAGGCGAGCGGCGGGCUGAUGAAUCACCUUUUAAAGAUAUCAAAGAUAGGCCUGUUUUACGUGAAGGAUGAGCCCAACACAACGCUCAGGGGCCCUGUCCAACUCCGUGAGCACAUUUUUCACCGGGGAAAUGUAUAUUUUUAUCAACUGUCCAGAAAAGUCAUGGCGCGUCCUAACUGGAUAAAUCAAACAGAAUGUGUUUGCUUGCAUUCCUUUAUCUGCGAUACGCUCGAGUGUGUGUGUGUGUGGCCUGCACUGUGGUCGGCUGACAUUACAAUAGAGGUGGCUCACAUCUGCAUAAUACUCCCGGCCCGUGUCUUCUGGGUUGGGACCUGACUGGAUGUCUUUUAGCCAAGGGUACUCAGACAGUAGGUAGUGUUUACCCACACACUCUGGGGUGCUAUAGCUAUUCUGCCCUACAGAGGCAAAACGCAGUAAUUACGUGUUUUGUUUUACUGCAUAAUAUGACUUCAAAGUAUUUUUCUGUCUAGACAGACAGCAAUUUCUGAUACUCCAUUAUAUAUUCUGAUCAACUGGCUUGUUCUUAUGUCAGGAAAUGAAAUACCACAUUAAUCAGAUGAUAUACCUAGCCAUUACAACAGAUUCGUAGUUACUGCGUUUUGCCUUUGUAGGCCAGUAUUGUCUUGUGGUGGCCCUAUUAAGCUAUUUCAAUAGUGAAUAUGCUUUUGGUGUCAAUUUGAUUUCUUUGCCAAAAGCCAGUGGUUAUUCAGUACUUUACUGUUGAGGUUCAUACAUCAUGUCAAUACCAUAUUAGAUGAUGCUGUUGCUCUCCUUGGCUGGUGGUAGAUGUUUAGCGGUGCUCUCAGGUCGUCUCCUUGCCCUUGGCCUGUCUAGGACAGAGCUGUCAUUCCAGGGCCAGUGCCUCUCUACUUUAGAUAAUAUCUCUGCCUGAUACCAGGACAUAGAAACAGGGCACCAUCAGCCAGUAGCAGCAGCCCACUGAGAUGGCCCAUGUUUACCGUAAAGCCUGACAUAUUUUUUGAAGAAAUGGUAGUGCACAGUUCAGCAGAGUCUGUUUUGUCAUGGUGUAUUUCACAGUGGAAGGAAAUAGCUGUAUAUUGUUGAGCCCUAGGACCAGCUUGCCUCUUUCAGGUCUCUCAGGAGGAAACUCUCUCUCUCUCGCUCUCUCUCAAUUCAAUUCAAUUCAAUUUAAGGGCUUUAUUGGCAUGGGAAACGUAUGUUAACAUUGCCAAAGCAAGUGAAGUAGAUUUACAUUUACAUUUACAUCAUUUAGCAAACGCUCUUAUCCAGAGCGACUUACAAAUUGGUGCAUUCAACUUAUGAUAGCAAGUGGGACAACCACUUUUUUUCUUCUUUUUUUUAUGGGGGGGUUGGGGGAGGGGGGGGGGUAGAAGGAUUUCUUUAUACUAUUCCAGGUAUUCCUUAAAGAGGUAGGGUUUCAAGUGUCUCCGGAAGGUGGUCAGUGACUCUGCUGUCCUGGUGUCGUGGGGGAGCUUGUUCCACCAUUGGGGUGCCAGAGAAGCAAAUAGCUUUGACUGGGCUGAGCGGAAAUUGUGCUUCUGUAGAGGUAGGGGAGCUAGCAGGCCAGAGGUGGAUGAACGUAGUGCCCUCGUUUGGGUGUAGGGUCUGAUCAGAGCCUGAAGGUAAGGAGGUGCCGUUCCCCUCACAGCUCCGUAGGCAAGCACCAUGGUCUUGUAGUAGAUGCGAGCGUCAACUGGAAGCCAGUGGAGUGUGCGGAGGAGCAGGGUGACAUGAGAGAACUUGGGAAGGUCGAACACCAGACGGGCUGCGGCGUUCUGGAUAAGUUGUAGGGGUUUAAUGGCACAGGCAGGGAGCCCAGCCAACAGCGAGUUGCAGUAAUCCAGACGGGAGAUGACAAGUGCCUGGAUUAGGACCUGUGCCGCUUUCUGUGUAAGGUAGGGUCGUACUCUGCGAAUGUUGUAGAGCAUGAACCUGCAGGAUCGGGUCACCGCUUUGAUAUUAGCAGAGAACGACAGGGUGUUGUCCAGGGUCACGCCAAGGCUCUUUGCCCUCUGGGAGGAGGACACAAUGGAGUUGUCAACCGUGAUGGCGAGAUCAUGGAGCGGGCAGUCCUUCCCAGGGAGGAAGAGCAGCUCCGUCUUGCCGAGGUUCAGCUUGAGGUGGUGAUCCGACAUCCACACUGAUAUGUCUGCCAGACAUGCAGAGAUGCGAUUCGCCACCUGGUUAUCAGAAGGGGGAAAGGAGAAAAUUAAUUGUGUGUCGUCUGCGUAGCAAUGAUAGGAGAGACCAUGUGAGGAUAUGACAGAGCCAAGUGACUUGGUGUAUAGAGAGAAUAGGAGAGGGCCUAGAACUGAGCCCUGGGGGACACCAGUGGUGAGAGCACGUGGUGCGGAGACAGAUUCUCGCCACGCCACCUGGUAGGAGCGACCUGUCAGGUAGGAUGCAAUCCAAGAGUGAGCAGCGCCGGAGAUGCCCAACUCGGAGAGGGUGGAGAAGGAGGAUCUGAUGGUUCACAGUAUCAAAGGCAGUGAAUAGGUCUAGAAGGAUAAGAGCAGAGGAGAGAGAGUUAGCUUUAGCGGUGCGGUGCGGAGAGCCUCCGUGACACAGAGACGAGCAGUCUCAGUUGAAUAACCAGUCUUGAAACCUGACUGGUUUGGAUCAAGAAGGUCAUUCUGAGAGAGAUAGCAGGAGAGUUGGCUAGAGACGGCACGCUCAAGAGUUUUGGAGAGAAAAGAAAGAAGGGAUACUGGUCUGUAGUUGUUGACAUCGGAGGGAUUGAGUGUAGGUUUUUUGAGGAGGGGUGCAACUCUCGCUCUCUUGAAGACGGAAGGGACAUGGCCAGCGGUCAAGGAUGAGUUGAUGAGCGAGGUGAGGUGAGGUAGGGAGAAGGGUCUCCGGAAAUGGUCUGGAGAAGAGAGGAGCGGAUAGGGUCAAGCGGACAGGUUGUUGGGCGGCCGGCCGUCACAAGUCACAAGAUUUCAUCUGGAGUGAGAGGGGAGAAAGAAGUCAAAGCAUAGGGUAGGGCAGUGUGAGCAGGACCAGCGGUGUCAUUUUACUUAAUAAAUGAGGAUCAGAUGUCGUCAACCUUCUUUUCAAAAUGGUUGACGAAGUCAUCCACAGAGAGGGAGGAGGGAGGGGGAGGAGGAGGAGGAGGAUUCAGCAGGGAGGAGAAGGUGGCAAAGAGCUUCCUAGGGUUAGAGGCAGAGCCUUGAAAUUUAGAGUGGUAGAAAGUGGCUUUAGCAGCGGAAACAGAGGAAGAGAAUGUAGAUAGUAAACAAAAGUGAAAUAAACAAUAAAUAUUAACAGUAAACAUUACACUCAGAAGUUCCUAAAUAAUAAAGACAUUUCAAAUGUCAUAUUAUGUAUAUAUACAGUGUUGUACAUUGUGCAAAUAGUUAAAGUACAAAUGGGAAAAUAAAUAAACAUAAAUAUGGGUUGUAUUUACAAUGGUGUUUGUUCUUCACUGGUUCUCUCUCUCUCUCUCUCUCUCUCUCUCUCUCUCUCUCUCUCUUUCUCUCUCUCUCUCUCUCUCUCUCUCGCUCUCUCUCUCUCUCUCUCUCUCUGUUUGUUCCUCUAUUAAUCUGUAACAUUCUCUCCAUCCUGCUCUUCUCCUUUCAUUCUUCUUUUUUGUGAUUAUAUCUAUGAAUUUAGUGGAAAUCAUGUUGAGGAGCUCCUCUUUUCAUUUUUUUUCUUUUUCUUUUAGGGGGUAGAUCAGUUUAAUAUUGCAGAUAGAUUGUAACUUCCAUCAAUGUAAUUGUCUGCAUCACUUCCAAUCCCCCAUGUUUAUAUAUAUAUAUAUACAGUGAGGGAAAAAAGUAUUUGUACGCAUUUUGUACGUUUGCCCACUGACAAAGAAAUUAUCAGUCUAUAAUUUUAAUGGCAGUUUUAUUUGAACAGUGAGAGACAGAAUAACAACAACAAAAUCCAGAAAAACGCAUGUCAAAAAUGUUAUGAAUUGAUUUGCAUUUUAAUGAGGGAAAUAAGUAUUUCACCCCCUCUCAAUCAGAAAGAUUUCUGGCUCCCAGGUGUCUUUUAUACAGGUAACGAGCUGAGAUUAGGAGCACACUCUUAAAGGGAGUGCUCCUAAUCUCAGUUUGUUACCUGUAUAAAAGACACCUGUCCACAGAAGCAAUCAAUCAAUCAGAUUCCAAACUCUCCACCAUGGCCAAGACCAAAGAGCUCUCCAAGGAUGUCAGGGACAAGAUUGUAGACCUACACAAGGCUGGAAUGGGCUACAAGACCAUCGCCAAACAGCUUGAUGAGAAGGUGACAACAGUUUUGUGCAGGUCUACAAUUUUAUCCCUGAUUUCCUUACACAGCUCUCUGGUCUUGGCCAUUGUGGAGAGGUUGGAGUCUGUUUGAUUGAGUGUGUGGACAGGUGUCUUUUAUACAGGUAACGAGUUCAAACAGGUGCAGUUAAUACAGGUAAUGAGUGGAGAACAGGAGUGCUUCUUAAAGAAAAACUAACAGGUCUGUGAGAGCCGGAAUUCUUACUGGUUGGUAGGUGAUCAAAUACUUAUGUCAUGCAAUAAAAUGCAAAUUAAUUACUAAUUACUCCUGUUUUCCACUCACUACCUGUAUUAACUGCACCUGUUUGAACUCGUUACCUGUAUAAAAGACACCUGUCCACACACUCAAUCAAACAGACUCCAACCUCUCCACAAUGGCCAAGACCAGAGAGCUGUGUAAGGAAAUCAGGGAUAAAAUUGUAGACCUGCACAAGGCUGGGAUGGGCUACAGGACAAUAGGCAAGCAGCUUGGUGAGAAGGCAACAACUGUUGGCGCAAUUAUUAGAAAAUGGAAGAAGUUCAAGAUGACGGUCAAUCACCCUCGGUCUGGGGCUCCAUGCAAGAUCUCACCUCGUGGGGCAUUAAUGAUCAUGAGGAAGGUGAGGGAUCAGCCCAGAACUACACGGCAGGACCUGGUCAAUGACCUGAAGAGAGCUGGGACCACAGUCUCAAAGAAAACCAUUAGUAACACACUACGCCGUCAUGGAUUAAAAUCCUGCAGCGCACGCAAGGUCCCCCUGCUCAAGCCAGUGCAUGUCCAGGCCCGUCUGAAGUUUGCCAAUGACCAUCUGGAUGAUCCAGAGGAGGAAUGGGAGAAGGUCAUGUGGUCUGAUAAGCCAAAAAUAGAGCUUUUUGGUCUAAACUCCACUCGCCGUGUUUGGAGGAAGAAGAAGGAUGGGUACAACCCCAAGAACACCAUCACAACUGUGAAGCAUGGAGGUGGAAACAUCAUUCUUUGGGGAUGCUUUUCUGCAAAGGGGACAGGACGACUGCACCGUAUUGAGGGGAGGAUGGAUGGGGCCAUGUAUCACGAGAUCUUGGCCAACAACCUCCUUCCCUCAGUAAGAGCAUUGAAGAUGGGUCGUGGCUGGGUCUUCCAGCAUGACAACGACCCGAAACACACAGCCAGGGCAACUAAGGAGUGGCUCCGUAAGAAGCAUCUCAAUGUCCUGGAGUGGCCUAGCCAGUCUCCAGACCUGAACCCAAUAGAAAAUCUUUGGAGGGAGCUGAAAGUCCGUAUUGCCCAGCGACAGCCCCGAAACCUGAAGGAUCUGGAGAAGCUCUGUAUGGAGGAGUGGGCCAAAAUCCCUGCUGCAGUGUGUGCAAACCUGGUCAAGACCUACAGGAAACGUAUGAUCUCUGUAAUUGCAAACAAAGGUUUCUGUACCAAAUAUUAAAUUCUGCUUUUCUGGUGUAUCAAAUACUUAUGUCAUGCAGUAAAAUGCAAAUUAAUUACUUCAAAAUCAUACAAUGUGAUUUUCUGGAUUUUUGUCUCUCACAGUUGAAGUGUACCUAUGAUAAAAAUUACAUGCUUUGUAAGUAGGAAAACCUGCAAAAUCGGCAGUGUAUCAAAUACUUGUUCUCCCCACUGUAUAAACCCCCAGUCAUACUUUAUCAAAUGCCUUUUCGAAGUCUGCUAUGAAUAGCAGGCCUGGUUUCCCAGAUUUUCCAUAGUGUUCUAUUGUUUCCAGUACUUGCCUUAUAUUAUCUCCAAUGUAUCUUCCAUGUAAAAAACCUGUCUGAUUAGAAUUGAUAAUGUCCGACAAUACCUUUUUAAUUCUAUGCGCUAUACAUUUUGCUAGAAUUUUUGCAUCACAACACUGAAGUGUAAGGGGCCUCCAGUUUUUUAAAUGGACUGGAUCUUUAUAUUUUCCACUUGUAUCCUGUUUCAGUAAUAAUGAAAUCAGACCUUCUUUUUGAGUGUCUGAUAAUCUAGCAUUUACAUAGGAGUGGUUAAAACAUGCUAAUAAUGGUCCUCUUAGUAUAUCAAAAAAGGUUUGAUAUACCUCGACUGGUAUGCCAUCCAACCCUGGAGUUUCCCCGGACUUAAAGUCUUUAAUUGCAUCCAGAAGUUCCUCCUCUGUAAUUUCACCUUCACAUGAGUCUUUCUGUAUGGCUGUUAAUUUUACAUUAUCAAUAGAAAAAAAUCUCUACAUUUAGCUUCAGUUAGAGGAGAUGGAGGCGACUGAAACGAAAACAUAUGCUUAAAGUACUUUGUUUCCUCCUUCAAAAUAUCAUUGGGUGACUCCGUCAAUUGUAACCAGUUUCAUUCAAUUAUUUUUGGUAGCAUUCCUAUGUUGAAGAUUAAAAAAUAAUUUGGUGCAUUUUUCUCCAUAUUCCAUCCAGUUUGCUUUAUUUUUAUAAUAUAUUACACUUGAUCUUUCUUGAAUAAGUUUCUCCAUUUAUUUUUGUUUUACUCUAAUUUAUUCUGAGCCUCUAUGUUACAGUUUUUAUUGCCAUCUAUCUGUUCUGUUAGACCUUCUAUUUCCUUUGUUAGUAUAAACUCUUUUGACCUAAAUUGCUUUUGUUUUCGAGAUGAGUACUGAAUUGCAUGGCCUCUAAAGGCACAUUAAAGGCGUCCCAUACAAUAAGGGGAUUUGCUGUACCUAUGUUAUGUCGGAAAAAAUCAGCUAUAAAUUCCUUUGUCCUAGUUAAAAAUAAAUAAUCAUCCAAUAGGCUUUGAUUACAUUUCCAAUAUCCUCGCCCACGUGGAAAUUCAGUAAGAGUAAUGUAUAUGCCAAUUAUAUGAUGGUCCGACCACAUUCUGUCCCCUAUCAACACUUUUCAAACUUUUGGUGCCAACGAGAAUGACAUAAGAAAGAAGUCAAGACGACUAGCUUGAUUGAGUCUCCGCCAUGUAUAUCUCACUAGAUCAGGAUAUUUAAGCCUCCAUAUAUCUACUAGUUCUAAUGUAUCCAUGACAUUCACGAUUUCCUUAAGAGCAUGAGGGUGAUUGUUUGUGGUAUGAUUUGCUUUACGGUCCAUUGAGCUAUUUAAAACAGUAUUAUAAUCCCCCACCAUAAUAAUAUAUUGUCUUGAAUUGCUUGCAGGGUUGAUCAUUUAUUAUAUAUAUUGUCAAAAAAGUGUGGAUCAUCAUUAUUUGGUCCGUAAAGGUUAAUGAGCCAUAUCUGUUUAUGGUCCAAUAACAUAUUUAAAAUAAUCCAUCUACCUUGCGUAUCUAUUUGGACAAUUUGCACAUUCGGAUUGAAAUUACUAUUAAUUAAUAUCAUCACCCCUUUUGAGUUUCUUUGCCCAUGGGAGAAGUAUAUUCCCCCCCCCCCCCCCCCCCCCCCCCAAUAAAUUAUCAGUCUAUAAUUUUAAUGGUAGGUUUAUUUGAACAGUGAGAGACAGUAUAACAACAAAACAUGUCUAGGCCACUCCAGGACCUUAAUGUGCUUCUUCUUGAGCCACUCCUUUGUUGCCUUGGCCGUGUGUUUUGGGUCAUUGUCAUGCUGGAAUACCCAUCUACGACCCAUUUUCAAUGCCCUGGCUGAGGAAAGGAGGUUCUCACCCAAGAUUUGACGGUACAUGGCCCCGUCCAUCGUCCCUUUGAUGCAGUGAGGUUGUCCUGUCCCCUUAGCAGAAAAACACCCCCAAAGCAUAAUGUUUCCACCUCCAUGUUUGACGGUGGGGAUGGUGUUCUUGGGGUCAUAGGCAGCAUUCCUCUUCCUCCAAACACGGCGAGUUGAGUUGAUGCCAAAGAGCUCCAUUUUGGUCUCAUCUGACCACAACACUUUCACCCAGUUCACCUCUGAAUCAUUCAGAUGUUCAUUGGAAAACUUCAGACGGGCAUGUAUAUGUGCUUUCUUGAGCAGGGGGACCUUGCGGGCGCUGCAGGAUUUCAGUCCUUCACGGCGUAGUGUGUUACCAAUUGUUUUCUUGGUGACUAUGGUCCCAGCUGCCUUGAGAUCAUUGACAAGAUCCUCCCGUGUAGUUCUGGGCUGAUUCCUCACCGUUCUCAUGAUCAUUGCAACUCCACAAGGUGAGAUCUUGCAUGGAGCCCCAGGCUGACGGAGAUUGACAGUUCUUUUGUGUUUCUUCCAUUUGCGAAUAAUCGCACCAACUGUUGUCACCUUCUCACCAAGCUGCUUGGCGAUGGUCUUGUAGCCCAUUCCAGCCUUGUGUAGGUCUUCAAUCUUGUCCCUGACAUCCUUGGAGAGCUCUUUGGUCUUGGCCAUGGUGGAGAGUUUGGAAUCUGAUUGAUUGAUUGCUUCUGUGGACAGGUGUCUUUUAUACAGGUAACAAACUGAGAUUAGGAGCACUCCCUUAAAGAGUGUGCUCCUAAUCUCAGCUCGUUACCUGUAUAAAAGACACCUGGGAGCCAGAAGUCUUUCUGAUUGAGAGGGGGUGAAAUACCUAUUUCCCUCAUUAAAAUGCAAAUCAAUUUAUAACAUUUUUGACAUGCGUUUUUCUGGAUUUUGUUGUUGUUAUUCUGUCUCUCACUGUUCAAAUAAAACUGCCAUUAAAAUUGUAGACUGAUCAUUUCUUUGUCAGUGGGCAAACGUACAAAAUCAGCAGGGGAUCAAAUACUUUUUUCCCUCACUGUAUCUAGUAAGGCUUCUUUCAGAAAGUUGUUCUCCUUUUUAAGUUCCUUAACGUCCGUUUCCAUCCUAGUGAUUGUCCCUUUUAGUUUUUUUGUAUCGCUCUCCAUUAUCGCAACUUUUCCGUCACUCAUUUCCAGACUCGCCUUCAACUCUUUUACAUCAUUACUGACCAACUCCAGUAUGCCCAGUUUGUCAUUUAUCGACUUUAACAGGUCGCUUUCCACACUUACCAGUCCGAGUGGUGAAAAGCAUAAAUAAUCUGUAUCAGUCGAGGAGUCUAGUUUUCUCUUGGAGAUUGAUUCUCCUCGUUCACCCUCUGUCAUGUUUGGCUGUUGCGUGUUGUUGUAAUAUUUGUCGAUGCAUUUCUCUAGCCUUAUAAUUUGUUUUGUGUUAUUAUCCAGAUUGAAUGUUAUUACCCUCGAAUAUAUGAAUUGUUAAUAUUUAGUCUAACUUCCUGAUAUUGAAUAUUAUGUUUUUAUCUUGAGGUGAAUUUUACCGCUUUGUGUUCAAUACGCCAUCUUGUUUCCGCUUGGUGGUCUCUCUUGGUGACAAGAGCAAUUUGGCUCUCAUAUGUUCCUACCCUCCAGUCACUGGUUACUGCUGGUGUUUGUGUGUGCAUUUGCACGUGUGUGUAAUGUAUGCGUGUGCUUGCGUGCAUGUGUGUGUUUGUGUGGUACAAAGCAAGAGACGGCAGGGCUUUCACUAACAGCUAGCUUGUUUGAAUUUUUAAGAGGUUCUAUACAAAACAUCCUCAGUUUAACUAUCAAACUUUGACUUUGACUAUAAUAGUUUCUGGGCAAUUCAACAACGGAAUGUUUCAUUUUUAAACAAAAGAGUGUGAAUACUAAUGUUUGAAUUAGUGCUACAGUAAAUGAAGCAUGAGAGUGGUGUUUAGAGGCCGGCGGGGCGGGGGCGGGGGUGGGGGUGGGGGCAGGUCGGGCCUCUUCUCUCCUCUCUCUCUCUAACCUGACAGCUCAUCAGCGACUCGGCGCAGUAAUUGAAAAUCAUGGGGAAAGUGGAUAAUGAUCGUUUAUUUGUGUGAAAUUCAAACGAGAAGGGGAGAAAAGCUGGACUUGGAAGGUUCGGGGACUUAUCUGGCUGUGGUUGGCUGAGUAAUUAAAUCAGAAAAGCCAGUGAAGUUCUCCUCAGCUCAGCGUCUCGUCCUGUUUCUCCUUUAAUCAGGCGCCCAUUAAACCUCUGAUUGCGCGCCCCAUCUUCUGACUCCAGCUCAGCUAUUAAACAGGAACUGAAAGCCGUUCUCUGUGGCAGCAGCUCAAGGGUGGGGGAAGGUGGUGGAGGGUGCGUUGGCGGGGUGGAUGGCAUUCGAGCAUGUACAGGAUGCAAGGUGAGAGAGAAAUAGCAGGGCAUGUAUGAUGUUAAUGGAAGGGGAGAGAGGGGGAGAGCGAUAUGCAGGUGGGGGAAUAUAUUGAUAUCACUAUGCGUAACAUUCAGCAUAUUUUCCAGUUCUGGUUGAAUGGGUGAUGAAUACACUACAUGGCCAAAUGCUCGCCGAACAUCUCAUUCCAAAAUCAUGGGCAUUAAUAUGGAGUUGGUUCCCCCUUUGCUGCUAUAACAGCUUCAACUCUUCUGCGAAGGCUUUCCACUAGAUGUUGAAACAUUGCUGCAGGGACUUGCUUGUGUACUGCAAAAUCUGUUUUUUUCUGUCUAAACAGACAGCAAUCUCUGAUAGCCCAUUAUAUAUUCUGAUCAACUGGCUUAUUAUUGUGUCAGGAAACUAAAUACCACAUUAAUCAGACUUGCUUCCAUUCAGCCACAAGAGCAUUAGUGAGUUUGGGCAGUGAUGUUGGGCGAUUAGGCCUGGCUCGCAGUCAGUGUUCCAAUUCAUCCCAAAGGUGUUCGAUGGGGUUGAGGUCAGGGCUCUGUGCAGGCCAGUCAAGUUCUUCCACACCGAUCUCGACAAACCAUUUCUGUAUGGACCUCGCUUUGUGCACGGGGGCAUUGUCAUGCUGAAACAGGAAAGGGCCUUCCCUAACUGUUGCCACAUAGUUGGAAGCACAGAAUCGUCUAGAAUUUCAUUGUAUGCUGUAGCGUUAAGAUUUCCCUUCACUGGAACUAAGGGGCCUAACCUGAACCAUGAAAAACAGCCCCAUACCAUUAUUCCUCCUCCACCAAACUUUACUCUUGGCAAUAUGCAUUCGGGCAGGUAGCGUUCUCUUGGCUUCCGUCAAACCCAGAUUCGUCUGUCGGACUGACAGAUGGUGAAGCGUGAUUCAUCACUCCAGAGAACGUGUUUCCACUGUUCCAGAGUCCAAUGGCGGCAAGCUUUACACCACUCCAGCCGAUGCUUUGUGUGCAGCUGCUCGGCCGUGGAAACCCAUUUCAUGAAGCUCCCCACGAACAGUUCUUGUGCUGACGUUGCUUCCAGAGGCAGUUUGGAACUUGGUAGUGAGUUGUUGCAACCGAGGACCGACGAUUGUUACGUGCUACGCACUUCAGCACUUGGCGGUCCCGUUCUGUGAGCUUGUGUGGCCUACCACUUUGCGCUGAGCUGUUGUUGCUCGUAGACGUUUCCACUUCACAAUAAUAGCAUUUACAGUUGACCCGGGGCAGACCUAACAGGGCAGACAUUUGAUGAACAUCCUAUGACAGUGCCACGUUGAAAGUCACUGAGCUCUUCAAUACGGGGCAUUCUACUGCCAAUGUUUGUCUAUGGAGAUUGCAUGGCGGUGUGCUCGAUUUUCAACACCUGUCAGCAACGGGUGUGGCUGAAAUAGCCGAAUCCACUAAUUUGAAGGGGUGUCCACAUACUUUUGUAUAUAUAGUGUACCUCCCUGAAAGCCCAUAAAUCCCUUUCAUAAAGUACUACUGACCUGUGAGAUAUAGCUGUGACCUUAAAUUACACACACACACACACACACACACACACACACACACACACACACACACACACAAACACAAACAAUCACACCCCAGAAGACACACUCACACACACACGCACACACACACACACACACACACACACACGCACGUACUGACAGUCAAGCUGUUUUUAUGAUCUCUGUGGGGAAAUGGCAGCAGUAUAAAUAGCACCAUUGUUUUCCCUCUAUUCAAAUGCAGCAUCGUCCAAACUGCUGCCUCCACAUAUUCAGUGACACAUGACCUCGACCAAUGUCAGGUGUGAUUCCUCCACUGCUCUCCACCGUAUACAAAUCAUCCAGAUUACAGUGAUCUCUGCUACACACUGCUGAUGACCACCUCCGGAUCUGGGACAGCUGACUGCAUAUAUACAUUUUUAUGGAGUCAGACCACACUGUCAGAGUGGACAAGGUUAUUCAGCCGGAAGAGAUAUUGUAUUGUUUUACAUUUACAUUAUCUUGACCUGGACACACAGUAUAAGGGUCAUUCCACGAAAUGAGUGCCUUUUUCCGUCCCUUUGAUAUUUUAAGUAGACAUUUUUGAAUUUUUGAAUUUUAAAAGCCUGUUAUAUUAAAUGAUCAAAUCAAAUUGUAUUUGCCACAUGCACCGAAUACAGCAGGUGUAGACAUUACAGUGAAAUGCUUACAAGCCCUUAACCAACAAUGCAGUUGAAGAAAAAAAAAUUAAUAGAAAAAAUUAAUUAACCGGGGGCAACGGUUAGUCGAGGUAAUUGAGGUAAUAUGUACAUGUGGGUAGAGUUAAAGUGACUAUGCAUAAAUUGUAAAUAGAGUAGCAGCAGUGUAAAAGAGGGGGUUGGGGUGGGGUGGGGGGGCAAUGCAAAUAGUCCGGAUAGCCAUGAUUAGCUGUUCAGGAGUCUUAUGGCUUGGGGGUAGAAGCUGUUAAGAAGCCUUUUGGACCUAGACUUGGCGCUCCGGUACCGCUUGCCGUGCGGUAGCAGAGAGAACAGUCUAUAACUAGGGUGGCUGGAGUCUGAUAAUUUUGAGGGCCUUCCUCUGACACCACCUGGUAUAGAGGUCCUGGAUUGCAGGAAGCUUGGCCGCAGUGAUGUACUGGGCCGUACGCACUACCCUCUCUAGUGCCUUGCGGUCAGAGGCCGAGCAGUUGCCGUAAAAGGCGGUGAUGCAACCAGUCAGGAUGCUCUCGAUGGUGCAGCUGUAGAACUUUUUGAGGAUCUGAGGACCCAUGCCAAAUCUUUUCAGUCUCCUGAGGGGGAAUAAGCUUUGUUGUGCACUCUUCAUGGCUGUCUUGGUGUGUUUGGACCAUGAUAGUUUGUUGGUGAUGUGGACACCAAGGAACUUGAAGCUCUCAACCUGUUCCACUACAGCCCCGUCGAUGAGAAUGGGGGUGUUCUCAGUCCUCUUUUUUUUCCUGUAGUCCACAUCAUCUGAUGUGCCCUUUAAGAAAAUUCAAUACAUUUUAAAAGAAAACUUGCUAAAGUGCCAAAAGUCACCAUUUUGACAUGUUCCUCUAAGCAUCUCUGUUACUUCUAGGAAGAUUUUACUUCUAGGAAGAUUUUAACCCAAUUAACCCAAAGUUUUCACCAUCAUUGUAAAGCCCUAUUUAUUUUGUUGCUUUGACAAAGUUAUUUCCGAAGAUUAUUAUUUAUUUCAUGUGAUUAGUGAUUCAUUUUAAGGUAAUAAAUAACCCUAUUCCUCAUUUUAAGGUCAACCCUGUUACGUGAACUGAACUCUUGUUUUAAUAUUGUGAAACUAUUCCUUUUUAAAUAUAUAUUUUUAAAGAAACAUUGAACAUUUAAUAGUCAAAUCAUAGUGUCAAAACAGGUGAGUUGGUUCUACCCUUUUUGGCCAUAUUCUGGUCUUUUGGAAAACUGAGCGGGUCGAGCAUAACACGUUAACCAUGUUACCCAUAGAUAGACAGGCUAAAAAUGUUUUAACAAUUUCAUUUUUCUUGUGAAUCUUGCAUUCAAUUGCCCUCCCUGUUGCACACAACAAGCUUCUAAUCCCCCUGUCACAAGGGGAUUGAUGGCUGAUUUAAGAUGAAGUCGUCAAUCCUGUUACGGUCAACCCUGUUAUGGUCAACCCUGUUACUUAUUUGGCACUUCAUUUUUUUAUUUAACCUCUUGAGAUGGGAAAACAUGUUUUUUUAUAAAGUUGAACAUGUGCUCUUUUUUUCUUCACCAAGAUACACUAUUCAAAAGACACCUAAUUGAUGGAACGACCAAUAAGGAUGUGAUCUAUUCUACCCCCAAUGAUAGAGUGGUCAUUACCAUGUAGAUUGUGCUGUACUGUACCUCCGUGGCUGUGCUGAUACUGUCUCCUCGCAUCCCCUCCCCUACCCUCUCCUCCUGCCCUGCAGCCCCAGUCAUCCUGAAUGAGUUGAACUGGACUCAGGCUCUGGAGAGGGUGUUUAUUGAUAACCGCCGGGAGGACAGCUCUCUGCGCUGGCAGGUGUUCGGCAGCGCCACAGGGGUCACAAGAUACUACCCAGGUAAUUCCUAUACCAUUAUUAAUAAGGAUAUUAUCAACUUUGACUAUACAUAUUGUAUGGACAUAGAGGUAAAAGAGAUCAAGUUGCAAAAUGAUGUUUUCUAUUCCUCCUUUUUCAAGCCACUCCAUGGAGAGCACCCAAUAAGAUUGACCUGUAUGAUGUACGCAGACGACCAUGGUGAGUACAUGUUCUGUUUUCUUCCUCUUUCAUACGAUAGAGAGGCCCUACAGGUUUUCCAUACAGCUGUUCUCCCACCAGGGGGUUAGCCUAAGGCCAGUUACACGUGAUUAAUUUACUAUUUAUUUGCCUAGAGAAUCCUGCUUUAUUCUGGGAUAUUUUAUUCAACCUAAGGACAAUCAUAUUAGGGAAGCAUAUAUUUGUUUAAUAUGAAAGGUUCAAAUAGUAUUUUCUGCUCCCAAUACACUUGCAACAUCUCAAUUAAUGCAACCAGUCAGGAUAAAGACAUUUUAUUGUCCCUGGUGCACAUUCUAUAGAAUGCGGCAUAUUCUCAUUUCAAAUAUUAAAGCCCCACAUAUCUUACAUCUUUGUUAGAACCUUCUCCAUGUCUUGUAUUGCGAAAUCCAAUGUAACCAGUCCUAUAUUGUGUUCUUGCAAGCUUUGGUCUACUAUAGAUCUUAGUUGUCCCUCUACCCCCCCAAGCUUAAUAGAAUUGUUUGCUCCUUUGUUUCAGGCCAUUGAGGUUAAAGCAUUAUCUAACCCCUAUUUAUCUUAGUGAGUUACCACAGAGAAUAAAUUCUCUUCAACUACAAGGACCGCAGCCAAGUGGCAAAUAGCAUUGCUGUGUUGUAUUAAGUGUUCACCUGCCAUUUGGUUUGUGAAUCCCUGCUGUGUGUCAGAUCAUAGCCAGGGCCAGGGACUCAGAGCAUGCCAGUUUGAAGUUUUCGACAGCACCGGGUGUGUGAGGCCAAACAGCCCCCCUUCCCCUACACCCUCACAACUCCAUCCCUCCAUCCUGCCUCUACCUGUCACUGUCACUUCAGCUCUGUUUAAGAGCUGCCUGUUGCCUGGUUGCAGAUUAAAGCACACUGGACAUAAUCAUGACAGCCACAUUGAUUAGAGUUGAUGUUGGUUUCCAUCCCUGGCUGUCUGUCUGUGUCCAGCUCCAGCAUAGUUUGGUUGGCUGUUCCAGGCCAGGCCAGGGGUUGGCCUGAGGUGAUGGAUGGGCAGGAGGGCAAAGCACUGAGACAAACAGCAAACUCCCACUGUAUAGGAUUAAAAUACUGACAGUAUACUCCAGAUUGAUCUGUCAGGUAAAUAAGCAAUGUAUUUAUACCAAUAUAAACAACCUAGAGUUUGCUUUAUUACACACUCCCAUAAACAUACUGUUGCAUAUACAGUGAGGGAAAAAAGUAUUUGAUCCCCUGCUGAUUUUGUAAGUUUGCCCACUGACAAAGAAAUGAUCAGUCUAUAAUUUUAAUGGUAGGUUUAUUUGAACAGUGAGAGACAGAACAACAACAAAAAAAUCCAGAAAAACGCAUGUCAAAAAUUUUGUAAAUUGAUUUGCAUUUUAAUGAGGGAAAUAAGUAUUUGACCCCCUCUCAAUCAGAAAGUUUCUGGCUCCCAGGUGUCUUUUAUACAGGUAACGAGCUGAGAUUAGGAGCACACUUUUAAAGGGAGUGCUCCUAAUCUCAGCUUGUUACCUUUAUAAAAGACACCUGUCCACAGAAGCAAUCAAUCACUCAGAUUCCAAACUCUCCACCAUGACCAAGACCAAAGAGCUCUCCAAGGAUGUCAGGGACAAGAUUGUAGACCUACACAAGGCUGGAAUGGGCUACAAGACCAUCGCCAAGCAGCUUGGUGAGAAGGUGACAACAGUUGGUGCGAUUAUUCGCAAAUGGAAGAAACACAAAAGAACUGUCAAUCUCCCUCGGCCUGGGGCUCCAUGCAAGAUCUCACCUCGUGGAGUUGCAAUGAUCAUGAGAACGGUGAGGAAUCAGCCCAGAACUACACGGGAGGAUCUUGUCAAUGAUCUCAAGGCAGCUGGGACCAUAGUCACCAAGAAAACAAUUGGUAACACACUACGCCGUGAAGGACUGAAAUCCUGCAGCGCCCGCAAGGUCCCCCUGCUCAAGAAAGCAUAUACAGGCCCGUCUGAAGUUUGCCAAUGAACAUCUGAAUGAUUCAGAGGAGAACUGGGUGAAAGUGUUGUGGUCAGAUGAGACCAAAAUGGAGCUCUUUGGCAUCAACUCAACUCGCUGUGUUUGGAGGAGGAGGAAUGCUGCCUAUGACCCCAAGAACACCAUCCCCACCGUCAAACAUGGAGGUGGAAACAUUAUGCUUUGGGGGUGUUUUUCUGCUAAGGGGACAGGACAACCUCACCGCAUCAAAGGGACGAUGGACGGGGCCAUGUACUGUCAAAUCUUGGGUGAGAACCUCCUUCCCUCAGCCAGGGCAUUGAAAAUGGGUCGUGGAUGGCUAUUCCAGCAUGACAAUGACCCAAAACACACGGCCAAGGCAACAAAGGAGUGGCUCAAGAAGAUGCACAUUAAGGUCCUGGAGUGGCCUAGCCAGUCUCCAGACCUUAAUCCCAUAGAAAAUCUGUGGAGGGAGCUGAAGGUUCGAGCUGCCAAAAGUCAGCCUUGAAACCUUAAUGACUUAGAGAAGAUCUGCAAAGAGGAGUGGAACAAAAUCUCUCCUGAGAUGUGUGCAAACCUGGUGGCCAACUACAAGAAACGUCUGACCUCUGUGAUUGCCAACAAGGGUUUAGCCACCAAGUACUAAGUAAUGUUUUGCAGAGGGGUCAAAUACUUAUUUCCCUCAUUAAAAUGCAAAUAAAUUAAUAAAAAUGUUGACAUGCGUUGUUCUGGAUUUUUUGUUUGUUAUUCUGUCUCUCACUGUUCAAAUAAACAUACCAUUAAAAUUAUAGACUGAUCAUUUCUUUGUCAGUGGGAAAACAUACGAAAUCAGCAGGGGAUCAAAUAGUUUUUUCCCUCACUGUACAGCAGUGGAGGCUCCUCAGAGGAGGAAGGGGAGGACCAUCCUCCUCAGGGAAUUUCAUAAAAAAAUAAAAAUUGUAAAACAUUGAAAAAGUUAUCCUUUUUAGAUAAAACUAUAGUAAAUAUAUUCACGUCACCAAAUAAUUGAUUAAAACACUGUUUUGCAAUGAAGGUCUACAGUAGCCUCAAAUACAAAACCUAGGAGGCUCUUGGUUCUCACCCCCCUCCAUAGACUUACACAGUAAUUAUGACAACUUCUGGAGGACGUCCUCCAACCUAUCAGAGCUCUUACAGCAUGAACUGACAUGUUGUCCACCCAAUCAAAGGAUCAGAGAAUUAAUCUAGUACUGAAAGCAUAAGCUACAGCUACCUAGCACUGCAGUGCAUAAAAUGUGGUGAGUAGUUGACUCAAAGAGAGAGAAAGACAAUAGUUGAACAGUUUUCAACAAAUGCAUUUCUUCAAAAAUGAAGGAGAAGCAAGAGAGAGAGAUUUCGUCAUUUUUUUUCACUUUCAGGUUCACUUACUUAGCUAGCAAAUGCAGCUGGCUAGUUACUCAAACACCUGGCUCAAACAAAGGGAUGCUAUGUUAGCUAGCUGGCUAUGACUAUCCAACACAACACUGGAACUCUUCCAAGUCAAGGUAAGCUUUUGGUUUGAUUAAUUUAUUGACACCGGGGCCCGCCGGUGUAACUGCUUACUGACUAUACACUGUAACGUUACUGCAUGAUUGUAGCGGGUUUACUAACGCAUUAGUUCUAUUAGCUAUGUUGACUAGGACGUUACUUUAGCUAAUAUGGGGACAACGAUGUAGGCUGUGUGUAGCGGUUAUGGCAUGGUUUGGCUUGGAACGUUUUUUUCGCCUACAGCUGAUGUGUUGUUCAUUGAAGUCCACAAAAGAAGGGAAAAGGUGAGAGGAGGAGAGUGCAAAGAGGCGAGAAGGAAUACAACGUGGCUGCUAUGAAAGUGAACUGUGUUUAUGCGUGAUCAGGGGUGUAUUCAUUCCGCCGAUUCUGUUGAAAAUAAAAUCUUAAACGGAAGCAAACAGGGAUAAACAUACCUGAAUUUGUCGAAUAUAAACUCUUGUUUGCAGCUGUUGGACUAAUGAUUACACCCUAGAUAAGCUAGAUGCAGGCAAGCGUUUGCAAGGCGGUAUUGAAUGUGUCACUGUCUGUCCAUCGUGUCACCUGUCUGUCCUCUAAAAAUUUCUCUCUACGACCGUGUGCCCUACAUUGUCAUCUUUCAUUCAUAGGCUAUGUUGUAGCAACCUCAUGAUUGGGUAUAGGGACCAUUUGAGUAUCAUGUAUAGCCAAACCUAGCUAUGUUACAAUGAACUGGUUAUGGAAUAUACAAUGACAUCAGCCAAUAUGCGGUAAAUAGAAAAUAAGCCAUGCUCAUGAAAAAAAAUGGUCCUCCCUCAUCAUAAACGUCACUGACCGCCACUGAUAUACAGAUAUAUGUUUUGCAGCAGUACACGCAUGGGCCUACUCAUAUAAAACCAAGAAGUACUGAUUCUGCUCAGAAGGUUAGAGUUGCCGUUAAAGAUGUGUGAGAAGCCUGUGUUUAGCUGAACUCCAGUUUGUUUCCCAGCGUAUCAGACUGAGGAAGUAAUGAGGCUCUUCCUGACAGACUAAUGAAGUUAACUCUCUGGGAGAAAGUGUCCCUGCAAUGCCCCUGCUCUGGCAGACAUGGGCUUUCAACACAAUACCUGUACAACACUGUGCACCUCCACAUGAACAAGACUUUUCCAAUUAUUGGGUUGUUUGUGUUAACAAUGUGCUACAGUACGCCACUGACAAGUUAAAAGGAGAAUCAUGUCUGUGUUUUCCUUUAGUGCCUUUGCUUCCAACAACUACACUGAGUGUAGAAAACAUUAGGAACACAUUCCUAAUACUGAGUUGCACCCCCUUUUGCCCUCAGGAAAGCCUCAAUUUGUCGGGGCAUGGACUCUAAAAGGUGUCGAAAGCAUUCCACAGGGAUGCUGGCCCAUGUUGACUCCAAUGCUUCCCACAGUUGUGUCAAGUUGGCUGGAUGUCCUUUGGGUGGUGGACCAUUGUUGAUACACACAGGAAACUGUUGAGCCUGAAAAACCCAGCAGUGUUGCAGUUCUUGACACAUUCAAACCGGUGCGCCUGGCACCUACUACCAUACCCCUUUCAAAGGCACUUAAAUAUUUUGUCGUGCACAUUCACCAUCUGAAUGGCACACAUACACAAUCCACGUCUCAAGGCUUAAAAAUCAUUCUUUAACCUGUCUCCUCCACUUCAUCUACACUGAUUGAAAUGAAUUUAACAGGUGACAUCAAUAAGGGAUCAUAACUUUCACCUGGAAUCACCUGGUCAGUCUAUGUCAUGGAAAGAGCAGGUGUUCCUAAUAUUUUGUACACUCAGUGUAUACGACAACCCAUUUUAAUUCCCUCACACAUGAGAAGAGUCUUCCUUGAGGCGGAGAGGAACGUGGAAUUGAAGAGAGAGAGGGAGAGAUAGAGAUGGAGAGAGAGCUGAGAGGAAGAAAGGGAGUCUGGAGACAGAAGGUGGGACAGGGGUAGACAGGGGUGGAUGCUUUCAACUGAAGAGCACCGUGUCACCCCCUGGUCCUCCAUGUUUGUCACUGUCAUUGUUCCCAUGCUUCUCUUCUCUGCCUGUUGGUCUCCGACUUUCCGUCAGUCCUCUCUGAAAGCUCCUGUGGCCUGUUGCCUAGCAACCUAUGCCCAUGCUGUGUUGAGUGGCGGGGCCGUGGCAGGGAGUGCCAUGAUGUGUCAGGUCAUGCUUGUAUGGUUAUGGUCUAACACGCUGUCUUUGGUUGUGACACACUCUGGAGGGGUCAGCCAAUCGCAGGGGGCUAAAAGACCACCCACUGGGUUAGGUAAGCCAAUCACGUGUGUGUUAGGUGACAGCAAUAGAUAAAUAGACCUUUAAAGGGGAAUGGGGGUAACUCACAUGCAUAUGUUUUCACCUAACAUGUGAAUUGCAGUUGCACAUGUGACAUUUGCGGUUUCACAUGUGAAAAACAUUCUCUUGUGAAUAUGUCUUGCUUACAUGUGAAAAUCAAUCAUGUGAAAAUCUAAUUUGCAGUUUCACAUGUCAGAAAACUCCACAUGUGAAAAUCUCACUUCCACAUGUGGAAUUGCAAGUUCACGUGUGGUGAUGAAAUACUGUUAUUCCCCUCACAUGUGAAAACGUUGUGUUAACAUGUUGCAGUAGCUAUGUUUCCACAUAUGGAAUUCAGUGGCGGUCAGUGCCGGGUUUUUUUUCAUGAGCAUGGCCUUAUUUCUAUUACAGCAUAUUGGAUGACUGUCAUCCAUAUUCCAUUCACCCAGUUCAAUGUAACAGCGAUAGGUUUAGGCUACUACAUGAUACUCUAAUUUUCGCUAUACCCAUCAUGAGGUUGCUACAACCUAGCCUAUGAAUGACAGUUUACAAUGUAGGUGCAAACAGGUCGAGAGACAAAUUUGAGGUGACAGACAGUGACACAUUCAAUACCGCCUUGCACACUCUUGCCUGCAUCUAGCUGAUAUAGGGUGUAAUCAUUAGUCCAACAGUUGAAAACGAGAGUUUCUAUUGGACGAAUUCAGGUAUGUUUAUCCCCGUUUUCUUCUGUUUGCUUCCAAAUGUUUUUUGUGUGAUGAAUACACCCCUGAUCACGAAUAAACACAGUGCACUUUCAUAGCAGCCAAGUUGUAUUCCUUCUCACAUCUAUGCGCUCUACUCCUUUCACCUCUUCCCUUCGCUUGUGGACUUCAAUGCUCAACACAUUAGCUGUAUGUGACCAGGCGAAAAAACCUUUCCAAGCCAAACCGCUACACACAGCCUACAUCGUUGUCACCAUAUUAGCUAAAGUAACGUCAUAGUCAGCAUAGCUAAUAGAACUAAGGCGUUAGUAAACCCGCUACAAUCAUGCAGUAACAUUACAGUGCACAGUCAGUAAGCAGUUACACCGGGGGCCCCGGUGGCAAUAAAUUAGUAAAUCCAAAAGCUUACCUUGACUUGGAAGAGUUCCAGUGUUGUGUAGCUAACAUAGCAUCCCUCUGUUUGAUUAGGGUGUUUCAGUAGGCUAAACUAGCUAGCUGCAUUUGCUAGCUAAGUAAGUGAAACUGAAGGUGAAAAAAAAUGUUGAAAUCUCUCUCUCUAUUUCUCUCUUGCUUCUCCUUCAUUUUGGAAUAAAUGUAUUUGUUCAAAACUGUUCAACUACUGUCUUUCUCUCUCUUUGAGUCAACUACUCACCACAUUUUAUGCACUGCAGUGCUAGCUAGCUGUAGCUUAUGCUUCCAGUACUAGAUUCAUUCUCUGAUCCUUUGAUUGGGUGGACAACAUGUCACUUCAUGCUGCAAGAGCUCUAAUAGGUUGGAGGACGUCCUCCGGAAGUUGUCAUAAUUACUGUGAAGUCUAUGCAAGGGGGUGAGAACCAUGAGCCUCCUAGGUUUUGUAUUGAAGUCAAUGUACCCAGAGGAGGACAGAAGCUAGCUGUCCUCCGGCUACACAAUGGUGCUACCCUACAGAGUGCUGUUGAGGCUACAGUAGAACUUCUUUGCAAAACAGUGUGUUUUAAUCAAUUAUUUGGUGACGUGAUUAUAUUUAGUAUAGUUGUAUCUAAAAAGGCUAACUUUUUAAAUGUUUUACAAUAAAAAAAUAUAAUGAAAUUCACUGAGGAGGAUGGUCCUCCCUCUUCCUCCUCUGAGGAGCCUCCACUGAUGGAAUUGUAAAUUCUUUAAUGCCAUUCUGUAAAAAGGUAACUUGGCCUACCUGAAUAUAAUAAUUCAAGUGCGUUAAAAAUGAUAAUUUCUUAUUUCUGAGCCAUCAAUUUGGAGUGUUUCUGCUGCAGGCACACACCUCUCUUCUUCAUAUAUUGGUCAGUGACCGUUGGAAGAAACCCAGUGAAAAGAACAGAGAAGCAAGCGCUCUGUGUCUCCUUAUUUAUCCUGUUUUACAUGUUAAAAUUAGCACUGUCAGAGUUAAUCAGUUAACUCAAGUUAAUACACUGCAAACAUCCAAAAUUCAUAAUCUGUACAGAUAAAAACAACAAUGUGAUGUCAAAACAAGUUGACUUUAAAGUUAAAGAAAGUGUGUUUAUCAAUUUACCUGAUUUUUCUAACCAUUACUUUGGACAAAAUCAAGAGGUCAAGUUUCUUGCAAUGCUUUUUGUGUAAAAAUUCUUAUAUUACAUCUAAAUGUGAGCAAUUUAUAUAUCUUUUUUAAAUGUGAUAAAACAAAUAUAUUUUGACAGCCCUAGUUGACCUUAAAAUGUGAAAAUGCACAUGUCAGUUGUAGCGGACAUGAGUCAGUCAUGGGUGUACAUGGUCACAUGGUGAGGUAGCCCCACCUGAGUCAGUCAUGGGUGUACAUGGUCACAUGGUGAGGUAGCCCCACCUGAGUCAGUCAUGGGUGUACAUGGUCACAUGAUGAGGUAGCCCUACCUGAGUCAGUCAUGUGUGCACAUGGUCACAUGAUGAGGUAGCCCUACCUGCGACUUCAAAAGUAGUGUUGGCCCUCUUGGUCUAAUGGUCAAGACGUUGGCGUCUUGUUACAAUAGCAUACAUGUGAAACUUAUAAUAUCACUUGAAAUGUUGGGAAACCACAUGUGUCUGAGUCGUGAAAACUCCAUGUGAAACUUCACACAUGUCCAAAAACCACCUGUCUGACUCGUGAAAAUUUCACAUGUGAAUAAAACAUGGAACGUGAUUUUUUUUUCUCUCAUACAUGUCCAAAAAACACGUGUUCUUUUCACAUGUGAUUUUUUUCAUGUGUGUUUUUUUGUAAGGGAUAACCCUGACACUGACACUGACUCUGAAAUGUGAUUUACAGGAGGAAAUAAAAGGAUGGCUUGUGUGCACAGUGUGUGGCCUAAAAUACCUCCACCUUUUACGGGAAUGAGUUUAGGGCUGGUUGACCUGUCCUUUAGAUGUCCUGGCUGGGGUCGUCCUGUGUGUGUGUGUGUGUGUGUGUGUGUGUGUGUGUGUGUGUGUGUGUGUGUGUGUGUGUGUGUGUGUGUGUGUGUGUGUGUGUGUGUGUGUGUGUGUGUGUGUAAAGUAUGUAAAGUGUGUAUAGUGUGUAAAGUGUGUAUGGUAGGUAUGGUGUGUAAAGUGUGUAUGGUAGGUAUGGUGUGUAAAGUGCAUAAAGUGUGUAAUCCUUUGAGGAAAUUGGGGAAAAGAAGAUGAUGAGGAUGCAUAGCUCGGUGCCUCCACAGAUCGGCUCCCUCCAUCUGUCUGUCUGCUGUGCUCCCCCACUAACGGCCUCAGGAAAAUUAAUGGUCCAGUCAACACACUUAAUUGUCUCCAAUUGCUCUGACAUUAAUUAUUAACAUUUGUCCAUUAUAUUGUCUGUUCAGGUUAUCAAAGGAAGUCAAGGAAGAGAGGGGGAGUGAGAGAGGUGGAGAGAGAGAGAGAGCGGAGAGAGGGGGGGAGUGAGAAGAGAGAGAGGAAGAGAGAGAAUCGAUAUCGAUCGUCUAGAGAGAGAGACGCGCGCUAUAGAGAGCGAUCCGCUCAUUAUAGCGCUAUCUUCGCUCUCUCGUCUCCUCUAUCUCUCUCUCCUCUCUCUCUCUCGUCUCGAUGCUCUCUCUACUAUCUCUAGGAGAGAGACAGGCAUGUUAGCCAAGCGUUGCAGAGAUCCCAUUACCUUCCAGGUUUAGUACAGCAUGCAGGGCCAUAACAGAUAUUGAUUUCUCCGAAAAGUCAAUCUACCUUCUCAGUAAAUAUUAUGGCUUCUGGUCAUUCCCAGCCAGGAGAUGAGCCUCCCAAAAUGCCUUGGCCAAAAAGCCUGGAGUCCCUGUGCUUGCCUCUCUUCCUGCCUGCCUCUCCCACCCCCCCCAUCAUUCCUCCUGUAUGGAGUGGGUUAGUCAAAGGGAAGGCUAUGUAGUGUAAAGAGAUAACCAUGACUGUGGAAUCAUAGUCUGAAUGUUUGACCUUCUCUUGUUCCAUUGGAAAUAGUGACCUUGGGCCCAUAAAGCAUGCAACUUAAGUAAGUAAGUAAUUCAACCCCAAAUCUGUAAAUCCAUCAGAGUAUAGUAGAAAACUUCAUAGCUACUGUUUGAAUGUUGGAAUUCAAAUGUUGUCUUUCCGUUUAUACAUUUACCAUAACAUAUAAAUUAUUUAUAAUAUUUCGUACUAUGGGCCUAACCUGAAAUAUGGAAAUGUUGCUCUUGGUAUCAACCCCCUCAAAUAAUCAGCCAAAAGUAAAAUAAAUAAAAGGCAGACAACAUCUCUUUCUCCUGCAGGCUUUCUGGGCCACAUCCUCCUAUAUUUUUUAUCUUAAUUUAAUCUUCAUUCGACAGCCACAUCCACAGGAGCACUAAGAGAGCAGGAGUCCAUAAAAUAAUAAGCCCAUCAUCACAACACACACCCUGUUAAUAUUCACACACUCACAGGAUGUGCAUACGAAACACUGCAACUCAUAGAUAGGUAUAUACAUCUACUCUAUACAUACAGUGCAAUAUACACUGAGUGUACCAAAACAUUAGGAACACCUGCUCAUUCCAUAACAUAGACAGGGUGAGUCCAGGUGAAAGCUAUGAUUCCUUAUUGAUGUCACUUGUUAAAUCCACUUAAAUCAGUGUAGAUGAAGGGGAGGAGACAGGUUAAAGAAGGAUGUUUAAGCCUUAAGACAAUUGAGACGUGGAUUGUGUAUGUGUGUCAUUCAGAGGGUGAAUGGGCAAGACAAAAUAUUUAAGUACCUUUGAACAGGAUAUGGUAGUAGGUGCCAGGCGCACCGGUUUGAGUGUGUCAAGAACUGCAACGCUGCUGGGUUUUUAACGCUCAACAGUUUCCUGUGUGUAUCAAAAAUGGUCCACCACCCAAUGGACAUCCAGCCAACUUGACACAACUGUGGGAAGCAUUAGAGUCAACAUGGGCCAGCAUCCCUGUGGAACGCUUUCGACACAUUGUAGAGUCAAUGCCCUGACGAAUUGAGCCUGUUUUGAGUGCACUAGGGGGUGAAUAAAGAAUAAGAUUAACCUGGGCCAUUUUAGUGUUUUAUCAUUGUGUAUUAUCUGAAAUGUACGUAGAUAAUUCCCCUGAUUCAAAUGUAAUGCACCCCACUCAGGGAAACGGGUCAGGGUACAUAAACACAAUCUUCUGAGAGUGUUAGCCCCCAGCACAGUUAAUGUAUUGAUUUACAGCGCCGCUCCGUGAUAAAACUAUUUCAUGAAUUCCAAUGAGACUCUUUUACCAGACUGCCACGAAGGGACAGAAAUACAAUCACUACCACGCAGAAUAUGUCAUUGUAUUCUACUGGUUGUUUAAUGUGUUCCUUUUAAGAUGUUGUUGUUUUUUUGUGUGGCAAUUGUACAGCUUUAACCUGUUCUCAUUUAGUGCUGUGCCUCUGCCUUGAGACCUGCCACUCAAACAAAUCAUUUUGACUGUUUUAUGUUAUCAUGACAGCAUGUUUACGCUGUUUAUACUAGUGUAUGAAGAGUGUUUACUUUGAUUUGCCGAUUAGCCUACAAGCAUUGCUUGAAACAUUGGUCAAAACAGCUACCUCUGAAGUGCACUCAUACACAUAUUCCUCAUUGUGUGCAGACUUAGGAUGCACAGUGGCUGUCAUUAAGGAAUGUGGUGUUAUUAAAUUAUGUAGAGUAAUUUCCAUUAAAUAAUAGAGAGAGAGAGAGAGAGAGAGCGAGAGAGAGAGAGAGGUUCUGCGUGAAGGUGUGUGGCAGUGGCAUGGCGGAAUAGCUGGUGAAUUGUGUUGUUGGGGCGGUGGGAGGGACGGGCAGGGAUGGGCGAGUGCUCAGUUCAGCACCAGCCAGGUCCAUCUGCUCAUCACCUGGCCCUGGCACGCAGGAGACUGGGUAAUGACAGGGAAAGAAUGGCAUCAGCGGGCAGGAGCCGAGAGGUAAUUACAGAAUGGAACCCAUGCAGAAACAACACAUCUGGAUCCAUGAGGCAAAUAUGGAGGAUCAGAUGUAGCAGCCAUAUCACUAUAAGCUUUAAUCCAUGAUGUUUUAUCUGUCCUACCAUGGAACUAUACAUCAGCCUGGAGAUUGAAAAAUCCUGCUCACCCCACUCGACUCCACUCUUCUCUUCCCCCCUCGCUAGCUUGAAAAAUAAAUACAAUUCACUUUUAGGAAUGGAGAGAGAGAGCGAGAGAGAGAGAGAGAGAGAGAGAGAGAGAGAGAGAGAGAGAGAGAGAGAGAGAGAGAGAGAGAGAGAGAGAGAGAGAGAGAGAGAGAGAGAGAGAGAGAGAGAGAGCGUACCACAGUCAGAUGCAGCAUGACAAUCUGUGGAAAGAUCAUCCGUGGCAGCACAAUAACUUCUGUCGCAAGUGAUCCCCACCCCACUCCACUCCACCCCCGCGUCACACACUCAGCUUCUAUUCAUCUUCUGUUAAACUCCUCUUAAACCUCGUUGCAGCUGAUCAAUGCUGCCUCUCUCUUUAGACAAACCCCCAAGAUAAAUAGUCUCUCUAGAAGUGACAUUGUUUUCCCCCUGAGACAUAUGGGGAGCUAAUGAUAGCUUAGCAUUUGACUGUGAGAUGUGAGUGUGGGGCAACUGAGGUUGAACCAGUAAUGGAAGUCGGCUGUGCCCUGUCAUUAACAUUUAGGCCAUGAAUAACUUCAGCCAUAUUAAAGCACUAGAGCCAACUGAGAGAAUGAGAUGAGUUAGAGGAUUUAAUGAAAUCCUCCUGCCAUUGGUGCUACUCAGGUCUGAGGCCUUCACCAAAGGGCCCUUCCUUGAAUAUCUGGGCUGAGCUUUCUCUGGUCCGUGGUGCAUUCUGACUGGGUUUGGUGCUGCAUCGAUGAACACUUUCACAACUCUAUCUAGCCACAGAAUGAAGUCAUCACUUCGUGCAGUCUAACUCUCUCUCCUUCCCUCUCCCCAUGCACUCUCUUUCUCAAAUUAAGAUUUCCGUAAUUAAAUUGAUAAAAGUCAUGCCAAUACACUUCAUGGUUCCAGACCUGAUUUCGAUUCCACACAGUGGUGGAGAGCUGUGGAAGUUCUACCUUUGAUGUGGUGUUCUCUGUUAUGAAAAAUAAUUGGAUUCCCCCCUCCCCCACUAACUUCUGCCCAUUCUGGGCAUGCUCAGUUAAUCGAUCUCUUGAGUGUCUGCGGCGACAGUGCUGGUGGCUGGCCUGCCUGUGUUCUGUCCUGGGGUUUCAGGAGAGUGAGGCCCUGGUUGUGUUUGAAGCUGGGAUUCGGGGCCACAUCGGUGCUGAGGGACAGCAGUGGAACAGAGGUCAGGGGUCACUAUGCAGGUUGGAGUGGUGGCGUGGUGCCUGCCAGUGAAGUGAUGGGCUGGGGCUUGUGGGAGCAGCAACAGUGAGGCCUACCAGGGCUCAGUUCCUCUCUACCUCCGUAUCGGCUUGGCCCGGCAUAAGAAAAGCACCUAACUGUCUCACAGGCGGCUGGCCUGCCUCCACACACAGCAGAAAGAGACCACUGAUGAUCGGUCUACUCUGCUUUGCUCGCUCCUCAGAAUGCCAAACGAACUAAACGCUAGCAUUUUAACCCCCCGCAAAACUGACCUGGAGAAGGUCUAUAACGUUACAUCAAUCUCUGCUCCAUUUGCGUCAGGUGUAAUGUGAUUUUAAUUGCAGUUGGAAGGGAAUGAGUGCAUUCUAAUUUGCCUGUAUAUGUCAGCCUCUAUCAGCAGUGGACAGAUGUUUGUGUUUGUGGCUUUUCCAGGACAACAAAGUGUCUAGCAUCCCUGGUUCAGUUUGCUGCUGUGUUUCUGCUCUCCCACAGACCCGCCCUGCACCAUCAUGACUUGCACCAUCAUGACUGACACACACCAACCCAUAGCUGCCCUAUUCUAGGAGUAGCUUUGCAACUGUAGCAUAAUGGUGUUAAGCAGCUUGUGUCUGGAGCUGACAAAGGGACCGGCAGAGUAAAGAAUGUGUUUGACGCUGCACUGGUGCGUCAUCGAGGGACUAGAGCAUCAGCACUAGCUCUUAUUGUACGGACAGACAUUGCUUAGCUCAGACUCCCCUAAACACAGGUCAGCUCGGCUCAGCCUGCUUAGAAACAUGACUGAAAUCUGUUUAGCUCAGACUAAAACUAAAUAUAAAACCACUAAGUCAAACUCUGCAUAAAGACAACUCAGAUACACAUACAGGUUGUUCAACAAAGCUUUGACGCCAUGCACACAUAGCUUUACCUAUACUGUAAGUUAACCUUAGCUAAGCCGGGACUCCAUUCAAGCUUGCCUCAACCAGUCUCAACAAAGCUUAGAAUGCAUUUAGACACAGCUCUUGCAAGCUUAUACUCCAUUUCAGUAUUUAAAUAUGCUCUCACCUGGUUGCUACGUAUGAACAUAGCCCAGUUUAUUGUAACCUGGGAUCCCGAUCAAAUCUAGCAGUUCAGUUAUACGCAGUGAAGACUAAUGCAAUUUGUUAAACCCAUCUUUCUUUUUUGAAUAGGUACAUUCAAGGGGCAUCAUCUCCCAAGGACAUGAUCAUCAUUGUGGAUGUGUGAGUAGAUGCUGUCUUUCUUUCUUCGUCAAUCUUUCCUUCUCCCUCUCUCCUCCCUCCUGUCCUCUCUCAGCAGCAACAGUAAAGGUCUCUAGUGCCACCUGUUGGUUUACCCAGAUCAAAGGAGAAUCUAGAUUUCCGUCUCGAUCGUGUUUAUUUAUUUUCACAGACCUCUUGCUAUUAUACGCAUGUCUUAGCGGUACAAUAUGAAGAUUAUCGUUCUGAAUGCAUGCUGAAAUAAACUGUGAUUGGGUCAUGGGAGGAUUGAGAGGAUAGAUUAAGACUGUUUGUGUGCCCUAUGCCAGAUCCCCAACCUAUAAAUACUCAUCACAGUAUAAACAAGCAAAGGGAUCGUCACUGUAUAACCUCCUAUGGAUAUACCAUACUAUCUGGAUGGAACUGUUUAGGUUGAACUGUAUGGCUCAAUGCUCUGGUGUGUUCUGUUGUGUCUGUAGGAGUGGCAGUGUCAGUGGACUCACUCUGAAGCUGAUGAAGACCUCUGUGAUACAGAUGCUAGACACUCUGUCAGAUGAUGACUAUGUGAAUGUAGCUAGGGUGAGUAUCCUCGCUGAUAAGGCGAUGAUUAGAACAGGGUUCUGCAUUACUGUGACUCCAUCAGGCCCCAAUGUCAGUAAAUUGCAGCUGAAGGUCUGGUUGCACAUCAAUAUCCAAUGACAAUGUUACAACACGGUUAACACCUCCAAUACAACAUAAAUAUAAUAUAUUGGUAUGGCCAUGAGAAAACGUAUAGGUUCCUAUCACAUAGUCACAUGUGGUUGCAUAGUUAUGCUGUAAAAAGUACUUUCCUACAUGAUUAUAGUCCCACAAUGUUGCAACCCCUAGUCUAUGUGUGAUUGUCCCAGCCUCUAUUUCCCCCACAGUCUCCCUGCCUUGCAAACCUAGGUUUUUCAUGAGCCUGCAAACACAUGCACCCACGCACGCACACACACACACACACACACACACUGAUGGGGUACCCUGUUUGGAGACUUGGGUGGGUAAUCCUCCAUAAUCCAGUGCUCUUAGUCAGUGUAUGGCUUUAAAUCCCAGCUCUAAGAGGCAGAAAUGAGCGUGGUAAUCUGGGUGGGAACGAGACUGAUUUCCACCCCUAUAAAGAAAAGAAGAGCUCUGGAAGUAGGAAGGAACAUCAACGGUUGUGCUUGGUGUGUGUGUACCUAUCUGUUUGUCUAUAUUUUAGUGUAUGUAGACACCAACAGCAAUUCAUGUUGUUAAUACAAUGAUUAUUCAAAGAUUGUGCAUUUGAAUAGUCAAAUAUUCCCAUUAUUAUGCAUUGUAGUUACAAACACAACAACUGUUGAUAUCGUAACCUCUGACACAACAGUUACAUUUACCAGAUGCUCUUAUCCAGAGUGAUUUACAGGAGCAAUUAGGGUUAAGUGCCUUGCUCAAAGACUCAUCGACGGUUUUUUCACCUAGUCAGCUUGUCGAUUAGAACCAGCGACCUUUCGGUUACUGGCCCAACGCUCUUAACCACUAGGCUACCUGCUGCCCAAAAAUACAGUAUAACCUUCAACAGAAGCAUUACAUUAGGCAUGGAAUUGUAUUGAAUGUGUUAUUGUCAUUUUGUUAGGAGAUCAUAAUCUGUGACAAAAUAUUCUUAAUGUUAUUUUGAAUACUAUAUUUCAUGUAAUUUUUCUCUUUUUGACCAAUAUAAAUAUCAAACUACACAAACACAAGGAAAUGUCAGCUUUUCAUGCACCAAAUGUCUUUACCUAUUUCAUGCUAUCAUUCUGUCAUCAAAAUGUCAACUGAUUUUAAAGUUGACCUUCAAGAAGAAAGGCCAUUAAAAAGCUGACAUUAAAGACAUUGCUGUUCAACGCUAAUCACACAUAGACACUACCUUUCUGUCUGUCACACACACACACACACACACACACACACACACACACACACACACACACACAGUCACAAACACGCACGCACACAAACAGAGUCCAGGACUCAUUUAAAUUUUGCGGAGGAGAUGAGAUCUAGAUGACAUUACCUUGGCUGGGUGUCUGUUCUUGGUUUGCAUUGGAAUUCCAGGUGCACCUGUUCUUUGUGUGGAACACUGUAAUUAUCUAUGUUUAUUGCCAGAGUGGCACAGAGCAACCCACAGCUGCACAUGUCCCACUCCUUAUCCUGUCACACACACACACACACACACACACACACACACACAAACACACACACACACACACACACACACACACACACACACACACACACACACACACACACACACACACACACACACACACACACACACACACACACACACACACACACACACACACACACACACUACAGAUGGAGUGGCCCUCAAUGCCAGCGAGCGAGCAGCGUGGUCACACCCAGACACAUUAAAUUGACAAUUAUUCAUUAUUGUCUGUCUUCUCUCCCUCUCCCAGUUUAACGAGAAGGCCGAAGCCGUGGUCCCCUGCUUUAAGACCUUGGUCCAGGCCACCAUGAGAAACAAGAAGAUCUUCAAGGAGUCCAUCAUGCACAUGCAAGCCAAAGGAACCACUGACUACAAGUCUGGCUUCCAGUUCGCCUUCGAACAGCUACUCAAUGUAAGACUAAGAGCCAGCAGUCAGCCUCACGCUCUGGGGUUUAUUUCAGGGUGGUAGGUUAGGUUAGGUCUUCCACGAAAUGUCCAUGGUAUAAGACAUGCUAAUUAGCAUACUGACAUCCCAAUUGACAUCGGAAUUGAUAUAGGAAUUGACCCAGCCACACUUUAGACAAUCAGAGGAUUAUGCCUCUUCUAAAUGGAGCCCAAAGGGGCCACUAGUCAGUCAGCCGGUCUGAUUAAGAACCGCCACUGCAGUGGCAUGAUGAUGAUGGUGGCGCUUAGGGCUAGCCAGCGCCAGUGGUCCCUGUCUGUGUAUGCAGCAGAGAGGCAACCAGGCAGGCAGGGUUGGUCUGUCCCUCCAUUUGCUGCUGCCGCUGUCUGUCUGUCUGUCUACACAGGUGCUGCCUCAGCUUAGCUCCAUAUGCUCCUGUAUAUUUUAGGAGGCUGCCGACCUAAUGGGCUCUGAUGGGAUGAUUGAUGAGAGGAGCCCAGAAGAGAUCAGCCACCGACACUUUAUAUUCCCCUGGUGGGCCGGGAGGCACGGAGCCAAGGGCCCAGCCCAGCCCAGCCUGUUCCCUCCAGCAGAAUGAGAAAUAAAAGCUUUUUAAUCGCUGUCUGCCGCAGCCGCACUCCCUAUGAUUGGUGGCAUAAGCACAAUAAACAUUUGUAAUUGUGGUAAUAUUAUUUAUCUUUAUUAGAAUCUAGUCAGAGUGACGUGCCGCUGGCCUGCAUAUCAAUUUUAACGGUCAGAUCAAAUCAAAUCAAAUCAAAAAAAGAUAGGCAGACUGGUGGAGGAGAGGGAUGAAAGAGAAAAUGGGGGCUAUGCUUAGAACCCAAUCCAUAUCACAGUAGAAUGCCACUGGCCACUGAACACAUUUACCAAUCUGCAUGCACGGGAUAUGUUACCCUACACACACAGAUAUGUACUUUUCAAUCAAAGAUAUGUGGAUUUAUUGUGUACUGGACAUGCAGGUUAGCUAGCAUAUUAGAAAAUAGAAUCUACAGCUGUUCGAAGGCGAACUGGAAGCCAGGCUUGUCCUUUCCUCAAGCACUCUUCUCUCCUGUGAAGAACCAAGCCGCCAUUUUCAGUGAUUUCCUGGAAGGAGAGGCUAUACUUCAUCAUGUCUUCAUCAUGUCUUCAUCAUGUCUUCAUCAUGUUUUGAUCAUGUUUUUAUCAUGUCUUCAUCAUGUCUUCAUCAUGUCUUCAUCAUGUUUUCAUCAUGUCUUCAUCAUGUCUUCAUCAUGUCUUUAUCAUGUCAUCUGAUGUCCUCUUCCUUUCCUUGACGGUCUCUUCCCCCUCUCUCACUAAUCACUCUCUCUCUCGGUAUCUCUCUCUGUAUCUCUCUCUAUCCCUCUUUCUCUCUCUCCCUCUCCAUCUCCCUCUUCUUCUCUCUCUGUUCCACAGGAUACCGGCGCCCCGAGGGCGGGCUGCAAUAAGAUGAUAAUGAUGUUUACAGAUGGAGGGGAGGACCGUGCACAGGACAUCUUUGAGAAGUACAACUGGCCUAACAAAACCGUGAGUCCGUCCCCAAAAAACAAUCUAUUCAUCAAUCCUAGUCUGCCAAUGAAUCAGUCCAUGCAUGUCCAUGAGAUGAUAAACCAGCCUUCUCUCUCAUCCCCUAUCCUUAUGAAAGGAAUACCAUGUUUCUCAACAGCAGGUGUCAUUCUUUUGGUGAGAAUCUUAAUGAUUCCAACAAAUCCAUCCUUGGACAUAGAUCCAGACUGUGGGUGUCUGUUUCCUCUUUUCUUCCACAUUGGCAUUGAUUUCCAUCCCUGUCAUCUCUCUCUCUCUCUCUCUCUGUCUCUCUCUCUCUCUCUCUCUCUCUCUCUCUCUCUCUCUCUCUCUCUCUCUCUCUCUCUCUCUCUCUCUGUCUCUCUCUCUUUCUCUCUCUGUUUCUCUGUCUCUUUUCUUGUCUUGCUGCAGGUGUUAACAGCUCUGACCUGCUGACUAAUUAGCCACUUUAUCAUCAGAGCCCAUGAAAUUACAGCCAACACAUGCACACACUCCCUCUCUUUCUCUUUCUGUCUUUUUUUCUCACUCUCCUACCGUUUUUCUUCUUCUUCCUCACUUGAAAUGCUUCUGCCGUUAUACUUUCUCGCUGUGCGAGAAGAAUGUUCCAUUUUUCUCUCUCCGUUGACUAUCCCCUCUUCUCUCAGAUUCGAGUAUUUACCUUUUCCGUCGGGCAGCACAACUAUGAUGUCACACCUUUGCAGUGGAUAGCUUGUGCCAAUAAAGGUGAGUAGAGGGUGUGCCUAUAAACUGUAAUUACAUGGAGAGACUUUACAUGUACACUCAUAGAUAGAGGUGAACAGAAGCUCCUUCUGUGUGCUCUCAACAUUCCCCAAGUCCAGCAAAGAAAAAACAGAAAAUAUGUGAUUAUAAUGAUAUAACAAACUCCAAUCAAACUGCCCAACUGUCCCCAAACCAGAUGACCAAGCAAUCCUCCUUUCCUCCUUGCCCAUCGGCCCUCAUGACCUUUUUUUAUUUAUUUUUAUUUAACCUUUAUUUAACUAGGCAAGUCAGUUAUGAACAAAUUCUUAUUUACAAUGACGGCCUACACCAGCCAAACCCGGAUGACGCUGGGCCAAUUGUGGGCUGCCCUAUGGGACUCCCAAUCACGGCCGGUUGUGAUACAGCCUGGAAUCGAACCAGGGGGUCUGUAGUGACGCCUCAAGCACUGGGAUGCAGUGUCUUAGACCGCUGUGCCGUUUUACUCAGCCCACUCUGCACUAUAACAAAUGCCGAAUUCCUCUUUUCUGUUCUCUCGGUUUAACUCUUUUUUUACUCUUUCUGGAAGAAAAAUAUAUUUCUCUCUCCUCGCUCUCUCCCUCUUUAUCCCCUCUCUUGUUGGAUUUCUCACUGUCUCAACAUUUCUCUUAUACACUUUCCCUUCUUCCUGUUACAAGCAGCAUGCCUCCUAUAGAAGGCUGAUUAAUUAAUUUCCUGUGGAGCCUUCAGAGUGCUUCAGAAGUGCCUCCCUCCCCACAAGUUGUAAUUAAUUAUCGUGUAGAGCCUGGCUGUGUGGUGAUAACGAUGGCUACCAUCUCUCAGUCAGGCAGGCGGCAUGGGGGAAAUCCAGGAUUACGCCUCUUUGCCAGCGUGCCACUCACUCUAAUCAUUAGCAUGGCUCCAAAGCCAAUGCCAACCUAAGACAAUGGUUAUUGACGUCCUCUCCUCUCUGGAGCUGUCCUUUUACAUAUAGUCGUACAGCACUGUGCUUAUUGCUCUUCUUUGGUAUACAGAGACACCCUAUAAUGACAUGUAGAGCAGAACCUUCUCACCCGGAACACACACUUACACACACAUGGAUCCCCCUCACAAACACCUUACACACCCAACUCCCAGUCGACUAGCCUCCCUGUUGUCUCACUUGGCUUGUGCUGCAAUCCCCCUCUUAAGUGGAACCUAACUCCUGCUCUGACUCUCUCUCUAUGGGCCCAACCGCUCUCCUCUCUCCUGUGGCUGAAGACCGGUAGACCUCUAGUCAAUGCUCUUUCCUUUCUAUGUCUGUUUCUUUCGUCUCCUUUUGUCGUUCUCUACAACUGAACGUGUCACACUCCCUGGCAGGCAGCCAAAGACAAAGCAAACGAAGAAACUACUGUUCUAAAGAUAUAUUAUACCAUCCUUGCUGUAAAUUUACAAGGAUGCUGUAAUGUUUUACAGUAAGGAAAAUAGUACUGAUCAUAGUUUGUGUGCGUGCAUGUACUUAUGUGGAUCCUACCAUGAUUACAGCAUUAUCCUCCCGAGUGGCGCAGCGGUCUAAGGCACUGCAUCUCAGUGCUUGAGGUGUCACUACAGACCCCCUGGUUCGAUUCCAGGCUGUAUCACAACCGGCCGUGAUUGGGAGUCCCAUAGGGCGGCGCACAAUUGGCCCAGCGUCGUCCGGGUUUGGCUGAUGUAGGCCGUCAUUGUAAAUAAGAAUUUGUUCUUAACUGACUUGCCUAGUUAAAUAAAGGUAAAAUAUACCAUUUAAAAAAUCCUGCCGCCAUCUUAAUAAUACUGUAAUUUUGCAAAGAUGCUGUAAGAUAUUUCACAGUACUAUUUUCCUUAGUGUAAAACAUUACAGCAUCCCUGUACAUUUACAGCAAGAAUGCUAUAAUAUAUCUUUACAGUAAGGAAAAUAGUACUGUAAAAUAUAUUACAGCAUCUAUGCUGUAAAGCAAAAUGACAGUAUUAAGCUGGCAACUCUGGUGCCAGUAUAAUGCCUUAAAGUUACAGGGAAAAUGUUUACAGUGUGUACAUAUGAGAUUGCGAGAACGCAAUUUAUUAAAAACGACAGCCGUUCUUGCCUCUUAACAUUCCAAGUAUGUUGUCUCCAUUUCGCAGCUCUUUGUAUAAACACUCUGCUUUAAUAACUUGGGGAGCGGCAGCAGUUAUUGACCCAGAGAGAGAGUGGCUCUCCUCUCCUCCAUCACUAAUCAGCAGCCCUGCUCUGCUCCGCUGUGCUCUGCCUGGGGCUCAGCAGCAGCAUCCUCAAUGAGACCCUCAAACACAUUUACAUCCUGCAGUACAAUGAUGAUAAGACUGGAGGUCAAUGGCCAAUGGUCCCCAUCCUGUUUCCCCAUAGCACCCUAAUGCCAAUCAAUCACACAGUACACACACGCACGCACACACACACACACACACACACACACACACAGCUAUGUACAGCAAAUGACAUAAUGGCCAACACAUGUAAUGGGGUACUAAAUGGAAUUUCCCCAUAGAGAACAAUCAGUAUUCUGCUGAGGAGUCAUUUUGAAAUAAUAGCACUACGUGUGAUCUACUAGCUUGAGAUGAUUGUACUUCGCUGGGUUGUUGUGUUACUUCACCUAUGUUCUUUAAGAUGCGACAAAUGUUACCUUUACAAUACACAUUACAAUAGAGCAGUUACAUGUUGUUGGUUAUCAUUGUGGAUCGACUGAACCAAUUCUCUCACUUUGAUCUUCAGGAUUCUACUACGAGAUUCCAUCCAUUGGCGCCAUCAGAAUUAACACACAGGUCAGAUAUCCUUCAGUGUUUGUAAUAUGUGUGCAUACGUGCUCAUAUCCAUAUGUGAAUAUUUACACUUGUGUGAAUCCUAAACACAUAAGGAUGCUGUAUCUUCGUUUAGGUUGUGUUCUCUAGUUAACUUUGAGUUCAUUACUCUCUUUGAAGAAAAUUGUGCAGAUUGUAGAUAAUGCCUUGAAAUAUACCAUUACAAAAGGACACGAGGAAGCUCGGAAAGAGAAAAAGUAACAGGGAAAGAUAGAGUGAUAAAAGCACUGCAGGUCUUAGUUAGCGCAGACCUGCUGUGCUGCCUAAUCCACCCCUUCUCUAGUCCCCCCACUGCACUACCACACACACACGCACACACACACGCGCACACGUGCACACACACCUCUGGCUCCUCUGCCCCACACACCCGUGGCCCCUCCACCCUCCUCUGCCCACCUCCACUCUGCUCCAGGCAUUACCUGGUCCCAUAGCCCCUUGGGAUAACCUCAUUCCAGCUGUAGAAAUUGAGUGAGUUGCUGGGGGGUUCUAUGCACCCCGUCCUCCCUGCCUACCCCUCCUCUUCCCCCAGCACCACAGAGCGAUCAGGGGCCCUGAAUAGACUGUCAGCUGUUCCAUUAACUCUGGCAUAAUUAUAUUCUGAGAACUGCCACUUAUUCUAAUAGGUUUCCUACAGCAGGUGUGCAACAGGACUGGUUUAUGUAGGAGCAUUAGACACACCUGGGCUGCACUAUACAUUUUAUAAUUCCCCAUCAUAUAAUGUCACAUUAUAACAGGUUAUAGAGCAGUCUUGGUAUACAUUACAGUACCAUAGGGAUUGAUGCAGGAAAAUAGAAUUUCCUUUUACUUAAUUUAUUCAGCUCCAGUACUAUUGAACCAACAGUAUGUAUAUCUACAAGUUAGACUGUGUCAGGUUCUUGGUGACCUCACAUCGGAUUUGGUGUUAUCAAUAUUUUCCCCUUACUUAUCCCUGCCCUAGGUGAGAUGUGAAAGUUGACGCAGCCUAUAUUUGACUGUGUACAGUGGCUUGCGAAAGUAUUCACCCCCCUCCUAUUUUGUUGCCUUACAACCUGGAAUUAAAAUGGAUUAUUGGGGGGUUUGUAUCAUUUGAUUUACACAACAUGCCUACCAAACCAACAAACAAGAAAUAAGACAAAAAAACAGAAAACUUGAACGUGCAGCAAUUUUUGCAGCAAUUACAGGUGCAAGUCUCUUGGGGUAUAUCUCUAUUUGCUUGGCACAUCUAGCCACUGGGAUUUUUGCCCAUUCUUCAAGGCAAAACUGCUCCAGCUCCUUCAAGUUGGAUGGGUUCCGCUGGUGUACAGCAAUCUUUAAGUCAUACCACAGAUUCUCAAUUGGAUUGAGGUCUGGGCUUUGACUAGGCCAUUCCAAGACAUUUAAAUGUUUCCCCUUAAACCACUCGAGUGUUGCUUUAGCAGUAUGCUUAGGGUCAUUGUCCUGCUAGAAGGUGAACCUCCGUCCCAGUCUCAAAUCUCUGGAAGACUGAAACAGGUUUCCCUCAAGAAUUUCCCUGUAUUUAGCGCCAUCCAUCAUUCCUUCAAUUCUGACCAGUUUCCCAGUCCCUGCCGGUGAAAAACAUCCCCACAGCAUGAUGCUGCCACCACCAUGCUUCACUGUGGGGAUGGUGUUCUCGGGGUGAUGAGAGGUGUUGGGUUUGUGCCAGACAUUUUCCUUGAUGGCCAAAAAGCUCAAUUUUAGUCUCAUCUGACCAGAGUACCUUUGGAGAGUCUCCCACAUGCCUUUUGGCGAACAACAAAUGUGUUUGCUUAUUUUUUUCUUUAAGCAAUGGCUUAUUUCUGGCCACUCUUCCGUAAAGCCCAGCUCUGUGGAGUGUGUGGCUUAAAGUGGUCCUAUGGACAGAUACUCCAAUCUCCGCUGUGGAGCUUUGCAGCUCCUUCAGGGUUAUCUUUGGUCUCUUUGUUGCCUCUGAUUAAUGCCCUCCUUGCCUGGUCCGUGAGUUUUGGUGGGCGGCCCUCUCUUGGCAGGUUUGUUGUGGUGCCAUAUUCUUUUUUUAUAACCCAGCCCUGAUCUGUACUUCUCCAUAACUUUGUCCCUGACCUGUUUGGAGAGCUCCUUGGUCUUCAUGGUGCCGCUUGCUUGUUGGUGCACCUUGCUUAGUCAUGUUGCAGGCUCUGGGGACUUUCAGAACAGGUGUAUAUAUACUGAGAUCAUGUGACACAUAGAUUGCACACAGGUGGACUUUAUUUAACUAAUUAUGAGACUUCUGAAGGUAAUUGGUUGCACCAGAUCUUAUUUAGGGGCUUCAUAGCAAAGGGGGUGAAUACAUAUGCACGCACCACUUUUCCGUUAUUUAUUUUUUCAAAUUUUUUUAAACAACUAAUUUUUUUCUUUUCACUUCACCAAUUUGGACUAUUUUGGGUAUGUCCAUUACAUGAAAUCCAAAUAAAAAUCAAUUUAAAUAACAGUUUGUAAUGCAACAAAAUAGGAAAAACGCCAAGGGGGAUGAAUGCUUUUGCAAGACACUGUAGUUGCACAAACAGACAGGAUGCUACUUGGUUGGCCUGUUGGAGGCAUGUAAAGUAGUCCCUGGUCGUAGCAACACAUUAACCCACAUAGCCAUUAGCGUGGACCCUUGGACCCUGGUCUCUACCUAUGUGUGGCUCUGGUUCCCUUGGACCUCCUCAGCCUUUUUGCUGGCUGACUUUUAUAUUCGCUAGAUUGUUCUAGUCAGUCGGAAAAUGUUUCCUACAUUCCGUGAAAAGGUCUGCCUGUCAUCAUCUUGAUGAAAUAUCUCCCUGUGGCCCGUUAAACGGGAGUUUUACUGAGCUAAUAAUAGAAUUGGUGACGCCUGUCAGCACCCCAGUGUUCAGCCCAUGAAUAACAAACGGUCAAAGACACAAAACUAGAACAACACUGUGUUCACACAGUGCGACACUGCUUGUGUGUAUAGCAUGUAUACAUCGACGGUUAUGGUUAAGUUCUGAGUGCUAUAAUGGAAUAUUCCAUCAUGUAAAGGGGGCAUUAUUUACUGACUGUGUGAAUAAGACCACUUUUACAUAGCCACUUGUCACAUUCUGUAACUCCCUAUUUUGUUAGUGUGAUCAGAUUUAACUACCAAAUCUGUAUUGAAUUUGAAUGGAAUCUCCCUAAAUUCCUAACCCACAAUUGAGAUGAAUUGGAGUCGGUGAAGGAGUCACCAUAGCCUGUUGUUUUCCCAUGAUCAAUUUGAACAGAAACAGCAGGGACUCACUAAGACUUUGCACUGACAGAAUCAAACUCCCAAGGUCAGAAGGUUUUCCUCUCAGAGUUAGGUGAUGUGAUCCCUGUCACGGGGUCCCUCAAUCGCGUCCCAAUAACAGCAUCCCCUUCCAUGGAUCAAUUAAACAUCUUUGUCAUUUUGAAUCUAUACAACGACCCUACGGAGAGAAGAAUUUGAUGAACGUGAUGAAUCACUCGUGAGUUUAACCCUUAACCGUUGUUUUCAAACACAGAGGCGUUUUCACACUGCCGUGUUGGACAUAGAGAGCCAGUGGGAGAUUGGCCUGUUUGUGCCACGUGCCCCCGGCACUCCUAUUGUGUUUUUAAUAGCUGAUUCAUAAUGAUGAAUAACGGCACUGAAUGGCUGAAGACAGUCUUUACUACUCCUUAGCGCUCGGCUGCUUCUACUGUUGGCCCACUGGUUAAUAUGACGAGGAGAAGACUUGUCAGGGUCUUAUAGUUUUACGUUGAAUAAGGGUGACAUGCUCUUACAGCUCACUGUUUUAACAACCCCCGCUGUAAGACAAGCACUAUAAAGCAAUAGAUGCUGUAUGUGUGUGUGUGUGUGUGUGUGUGUGUUCUCCUCUAUGUCUCAGGAGUACCUGGAUGUGCUGGGUCGGCCCAUGGUGCUGGCAGGGCCCAAGGCCAAGCUGGUCCAAUGGACUAACGUCUAUCAGGAUGCUCUGGUAAGACAGACUGAUGACUAGCAACACAAUUGUUGUGUUACAUUACAUUUCUGUUUUAAUACUAAGACCAUUUUAAUGCAGUUUACCCUGUACUAGCCACACUUCAAAGCCCUUUAGAAUUAGUAGCUUGAGUCAUAACAUAGCUAUGUCUUAGAUGACAAAACAUUAUAUAGACGCUAACAUGACCUUGUGAAGUCCCAUAUAUUAAGAUGUUGAUUUUCCUAUGUUGUUUGUGUGUUCAGGGUCUGGGUCUUGUCAUCACUGGGACCAUGCCAGUCUUCAACCUCACCGCUGAUGCAAACUCUCAGGUAAACAUUAGCAGCAGCAGGAACCAGAAUUAGGGUUUACACUGAUUAACAAAUUAAUAGACUUGUUAUUGCACAGUUCAUCUUCAAAAGGUCUCAGGGCGAUUAUAAAAGUCUCUCUAUCAUCUGUGGCUUUUUGAAGACCACCAUUAACAGAUCCCAAUACAUAAACAGAUAUUGCAUCAGUACUAACUUAGAAAUAGAUUUCCCAUUUGAGCAACCGAAUUUGCACCAUUGUAAAACAACGAAUCCUGACUACACAAUAGUCCCUUUCUUUCUCUGUAACUCCCUAAUGAUGGCCAUCAGUCAUGUCUAAUGGCACCCUCCCAUCCUGGUGCAGCGACCAAACGACCGCAGGGCAACACUGACCCCCUGAGGUUGCAACAGGCCCAGCAGCUCUGUUGUAUCCUUACACUCAUGUCCGAUUCACACUGUAGGGCCAACACAGACCAGCUUGACUUGGCAACUAUGGUGGAUGCAUAACCAGUCCAGUACAGCUCGGCUUGCCUCGGUUCCAACCCAUCUUUGCUAUAUAGUGACUUUUAUUUUUCUUUACUUUUUUUUACCCAAAGUUCAUACUAUUAUCACAUAUGACCGCCAAGCACUUCUGGACUUCAACUCCGACUCAGUUGUUCCACUGUUCAUACCGGACCCUAUUCCUUUGUUCCAUGGGCUACCAAAACGGCGCAGGUGUAGACGCGGGAGACGAGGUGUAGUCCUGGUGAAAUUGAGGUGAAGAGAAAACCGAAUGGUGCUCCCCUCUGUUCUAUUGGCAAUUGUCCAGUCACUCGAGAAUAAGAUGGAUGAGCUUCGAUCAAGAGUCUCCUUUAAAAGCUGCAAUAUUACGUCUUACUGAACCGUGGCUGGAUGAUGAAGUUAUGCACGUAGUACUCAGUGGAUUCUCCAUUCAACGGCAGGAUUGUACAGAGGCUUCGGAGAAGUCUAAAGUAGGUAGAGUGUGUUUUUUUCAUAAAUAACAACUGUUGUGCUGCUUCAAGUGUGAAGGAAAUCUCAAGCUUUUGUUCAUGGUAAGAGAGUGCUCAUCCGUAAUUAUUACGACUGUCUUCAUCCCACCCCAAGCCAGCGCCACUCUGGCACUCAACAAACUGUAUGGGGCCAUAAACAAACAAGAAACCGCUCAACCAGAGGCAGUGUUUCUGGUGGGCGGAGACUUUAACACCGUAAGACUUAAAACCGUCCUACCGCACUUCUACCAACACGUAUCCUGCGCCACUAGGGCUGCUAAAACUUUAGACAAGGCCCUCCCUCGUUCUACCUUCGGCAGAUCUGACCAUGACUCUAUUCUCCUGCUUCCUGUUUACAAACAAAAGCUCAAAUAGGAAGUACCGUUGAUGCGCUCAAUACGGAAGUGGUCGGAUGAAGCAGAUGCGACGCUAAAAUACUUUUUUGCUAGUACAGACUGGGAUAUGUUCCGGGAUUUAUCCGAUAGCAUUGUUUACCACAACAGUCACAGGCUUAAUCAAUAAGUGCAUAGACAAUGUCUUCCCCACAGUGACUAUAAGAACGUAUCCAAACCAAAAACCAUGGAUAACAGGCAAUAUCCGCGCUGGACUAAAAGGCUAGAGCUACCGCUUACAAGAAACGGGACACGGACAUGGAUGCAUACAAGAAAACCCGCUACGACCUACUACGAAAAAUCAAGCAUGCAAAAGGACAAUAUAGGAGGAAGGUAGAAUCCUAUUAAACCGGCUCCGACGCCCGUCAUAUGUGGCAGGGCUUGCAGACGAUAAUGGAUUACAAAGGGAAACCCAGCGAUGAGUUGCCCAGUGAUGCUGAACUCCCAAAUGAGCUAAAUGCCUUUUAUGCACGCUUCGAGGAAUAUAACACUGUGCCUUGCGUGAAAGAUCCUGUUUUUCAGGAUGACUGUGUGAUUUCGCUCUCCGUGGCCGAUGUGAGCCAAACGUUUUAACAGGUUAACAUCACAAGGCCUUGUUCUCAAAGCAUGCACAGACCAGCUGGCAAGUGUCUUCAAAGACAUGUUCAAUGUAUCCUUCCCCCAGUUUGUAAUCCCAACAUGUUUCAAGUUGACCACCAUUGUCCCUGUUCCCAAGGGCUCCAAGGUAACCUGCCUAAAUUACUGUAAUUAUGAAGUGCUUUGAAAGGCUGGUGAAUGACACACAUCAACACCAUCAUCCCAGACACACUAGACCCACACCAAUUCGCAUACCGCCUGAACAAAUCCACAGAUGACGCAAUUUCAAUUGCACUUCACACUGCCCUCUCCAACCUGGACAAGAGGGGAAAUAACUAUGUGAGAAUGCUGUUCAUAGACUACAGCUCAGCAUUCAACACCAUAGUUCCCUCCAUGCUCAUCACCAAGCUAGGGACCCUGGGACUGAACCCCUCCCUCUGCAACUGGAUCCUGGACAUCCUGACUGGACGGCCCCAGGUGGGCCCUCGGCUCCCUGCCAUCCAGGACCUCUAUAUCAGGCGGUGUCAGACUGCUAAAUAGCCAAUGAAUGGUACCCAAACUAUCUGCACUGACUCUAUCUUGCACUGACCCUACGCACACUUACAUUUACAUUUACAUUUUAGUCAUUUAGCAGACGCUCUUAUCCAGAGCGACUUACAGGAGCAAUUAGGGUUAAGUGCCUUGCUCAAGGGCACAUUUACGUCAUUUAGCAGACGCUCUUAUCCAGAACGACUCACCAAUUGGUGCGUUCACCCUAUAGCCAGUGGGAUAACCACUUUACCAUUUUUUUUUUUGGGGGGGGGGGGGGGGGGGGGGGUAGAAGGAUUACUUUAUCCUAUCCCAGGUAAUCCUUAAAGAGGUGGGGUUUCAAAUGUCUCCGGAAGGUGGUGAGUGACUCCGCUGUCCUGGCGUCGUGAGGGAGCUUGUUCCACCAUUGGGGUGCCAGAGCAGCGAACAGUUUUGACUGGGCUGAGCGGGAGCUAUGCUUCCGCAGAGGAAGGGGAGCCAGCAGGCCAGAGGUGGAUGAAUGCAAUGCCCUCGUUUGGGUGUAGGGACUGAUCAGAGCCCGAAGGUACAGAGGUGCCGUUCCCCUCACUGCUCCAUAGGCAAGCACCAUUGUCUUGUAGCGGAUGCGAGCUUCAACUGGAAGCCAGUGGAGUGUGCGGAGGAGGGGGGGUGACGUGAGAGAACUUGGGAAGGUUGAACACCAGACGGGCUGCGGCAUUCUGGAUGAGUUGUAGGGGUUUAAUGGCACAGGCAGGGAGGCCAGCCAACAGCGAGUUGCAGUAGUCCAGAUGGGAGAUGACAAGUGCCUGGAUUAGGACCUGUGCCGCUUCCUGUGUAAGGCAGGGUCGUACUCUCCGAAUGUUGUAGAGCAUGAACCUGCAGGAGCGGGUCACCGCCUUGAUGUUGGCGGAGAACGACAGGGUGUUGUCCAGGGUCACGCCUAGGCUCUUCGCACUCUGGGAGGAGGACACAGCGGAGUUGUCAACCGUGAUGGCGAGAUCAUGGAACGGGCAGUCCUUCCCCGGGAGGAAGAGCAGCUCCGUCUUGCCAGGGUUCAGCUUGAGGUGGUGAUCCGUCAUCCAUACUGAUAUGUCUGCCAGACAUGCAGAGAUGCGAUUCGCCACCUGGUUAUCAGAAGGGGGAAAGGAGAAGAUUAGUUGUGUAUCGUCAGCGUAGCAAUGAUAGGAGAGGCCAUGUGAGGAUAUGACAGAGCCAAGUGACUUGGUGUAUAGGGAGAAAAGGAGAGGGCCUAGAACUGAGCCCUGGGGGACACCAGUGGUGAGAGCACGUGGUGCGGAGACAGCUUCUCGCCACGCCACUUGGUAGGAGCGACCGGUCAGGUAGGACGCAAUCCAGGAGUGAGCCGCGCCGGAGAUGCCCAGCUCGGAGAGGGUGGAGAGGAGGAUCUGAUGGUUCACAGUAUCAAAGGCAGCAGACAGGUCUAGAAGGACAAGAGCAGAGGAGAGAGAGUUAGCUUUAGCAGUGCGGAGAGCCUCCGUGACACAGAGAAGAGCAGUCUCAGUUGAAUGACCAGUCCUGAAACCUGACUGGUUUGGAUCAAGAAGGUCAUUCUGAGAGAGAUAGCAAGAGAGUUGGCUAAAGACGGCACGCUCAAUAGUUUUGGAAAGAAAAGAAAGAAGGGAUACUGGUCUGUAGUUGUUGACAUCAGUGGGAUCGAGUGUUGGUUUUUUGAGAAGGGGAGCAACUCUCGCUCUCUUGAAGACGGAAGGGACAUGGCCAGCGGUCAAGGAUGAGUUGAUCAGCGAGGUGAGGUAGGGGAGAAGGUCACCGGAGAUGGUCUGGAGAAGAGAGGAGGGGAUGGGGUCAAGCGGGCAGGUUGUUGGGCGGCCUGCAGUCACAAGUCGCAGGAUUUUAUCUGGAGAGAGAGGGAAGAAAGAAGUCAAAGCAUAGGGUAGGGCAGUGUGAGUAGGACCAGCAGUGUCAUUAGACUUAGCAAACGAGGAUCGAAUGUCGUCAACCUUCUUUUCAAAUUGGUUGACGAAGUCAUCCACAGAGAGAGAGGAGGGGGGGGGGGGGGGGAGGAUUCAGCAGGGAGGAAAAUGUGGCAAAGAGCUUCCUAGGGUUAGAGGCAGAUGCUUGGAAUUUAGAGUGGUAGAAAGUGGCCUUAGUAGCAGAAACAGAUGAAGAAAAUGUAGAGAGGAGGGAGUGAAAAGAUGCCAGGUCGGCAGGGAGUUGAGUUUUCUUCCAUUUCCGCUCCGCUGCCCGGAGCUCUGUUCUGUGAGCUCGCAAUGAGUCAUCAAGCCACGGAGCUGGAGGGGAGGACCGAGCCGGCCGGGAGGAUAGGGGACACAGAGAGUCAAAGGAUGCAGAAAGGGAGGAGAGGAGGGUUGAGGAGGCAGAAUCAGGAGAUUGGAGGGAGAAGGAUUGAGCAGAGGGAAGAGAUGAUAGGAUGGAAGAGGAGAGAGUAGUGGGAGAGAGAGAGCGAAGGUUGCGGCGGCGCAUUACCAUCUGUGUAGGGGCAGAGUGAGUAGUGUGGGAGGAGAGCGAGAGAGAAAAGGAAACAAAGUAGUGGUCAGAGACAUGGAGGGGAGUUGCAGUGAGAUUAGUAGAAGAGCAGCAUCUAGUAAAGAUGAGGUCAAGCGUAUUGCCUGCCUUGUGAGUAGGGGGGGACGGUGAGAGGGUGAGGUCAAAAGAGGAGAGGAGUGGAAAGAAGGAGGCAGAGAGAAAUGAGUCAAAUGUGGACAUAGGGAGGUUGAAAUCCCCCAAAACUGUGAGGUGUGAGCCAUCCUCAGGAAAGGAACUUAUCAAGGCGUCAAGCUCAUUGAUGAACUCUCCAAGGGAACCUGGGGGGCGAUAGAUGACAAGGAUAUUAAGCUUAAAUGGGCUAGUGACUGUGACAGCAUGGAAUUCAAAUGAGGAGAUAGACAGAUGGGUUAGGGGAAAAAUUGAGAAUGUCCACUUGGGAGAGAUGAGGAUUCCUGUGCCACCACCCCUCUGACCAGAUGCUCUCGGGGUAUGAGAGAACACAUGGUCAGACGAGGAGAGAGCAGUAGGAGUUGCAGUGUUUUCAGUGGUAAUCCAUGUUUCCGUCAGCGCCAGGAAGUCGAGGGACUGGAGAUUAGCAUAGGCUGGGAUGAAGUCAGCUUUGUUGGCAGCAGAACGGCAGUUCCAGAGGCUGCCUGAGACCUGGAACUCCAGGUGUGGGGUGCGUGCAGGGACCACCAGGUUAGAGAGGCAGCAGCCACGCGGUGUGGGGCGUUUGUGUAGCCUGUGCAGAGAGGAGAGAACAGGGAUAGGCAGAGGCAUAGUUGACAGGCUGUAGCAAAUGGCUACAAUAAUGCAGAGGAGAUCGGAAUGAAAUGAACUAAACAUCUGGGAGGGUAGAGAGCAGGGCCUCCCUCUCCAAAAACUUCUACCUCAGAAACUAUAAUUGUUUCACUGAACCACCCGAACAAAAACUCUACCAACUUCCACCUUUAGAAAUCAGAAUUGUUGUGAACCACAGCGGUUCAAUGUUUAAAGGAAUAGACUCAACCCACUUUAUUCAGCUAGCUAACUAUGACACCAUAGCUAACUAGCAUGCUAGCAUCCAAAAACACACAGUUUAGCACCAACAUUUGGUCACAACAAACCACCAAUAGUGUGUUAACACACUAAGCAGAUGAUUCGUGUCCGUGUCUGUUGGCUAGCUAGCAAUGGCCACUGUGUUGACCUUGUUUGAAGAACGGCUAGCUAGCUAGCUUCGUGCUACCCUCGGCACCGCCGAAAAACAAUGCCAACCCACAGUAACUACCCACAACAACCCACGAUGCCUAGCUAUGACGCCAUAGCUAACUAGCAUGCUAGCAUCCAAUAACACACAGUUUAAACGUUGGCUAGCUAGCACAUUAACAUUGGAAACAACUCUCCACCGUUGCACUAAACAGAUAAUUACCAAUAAACGUUACCAGUAGCUACCCGCUAGCUAGCUAGCAUACCAAGAGUGUGUUAACACACUAAACAGAUAAUUCAUGACCGUGUCUAGUUCCUUUCAUAACGCAGCAAAAAAAUUAAACGUUGGCUAGCUAGCACAUUAGCUAGCACAUUAACAUUGGAAACCACUCUCCACCAUUGCACUAAACAGAUAAUUACCAAUAAACGUUACCAGUAGCUACCCGCUAGCUAGCUAGCCUCGUGCUUCGCCGGGCUCCGCCGUAACAAUACUUAAACAAUACGUAAACAAUACUUACCUACAAUAAUUGCCUACGGAAACCUACAAUAACUACCUAAAUAACUACAUAAAUAAACGACCUACCUACGAUCUAAAUACAUGGAAACCACUCUCCACCAUUGCACUAAACAGAUAAUCACCAAUAAACGUUACCAGUAGCUACCCGCUAGCUAGCUAGCCUCGUGCUUCGCCGGGCUCCGCCGUAACAAUACUUAAACAAUACGUAAACAAUACUUACCUACAAUAAUUGCCUACGGAAACCUACAAUAACUACCUAAAUAACUACAUAAAUAAACGACCUACCUACGAUCUAAAUACAUGGUUUAAGCUUUACUCAACACCAUAUGAGAAGCCAAGCUUACCUCCUGCUAGAGAAAACACAACCUCACCCGACGAAGUCAGCAGCCCACUUUACUAUAUAUACACACCACACUCACUAGACUAUAUAUACAAACCAAAUACACACUCACGCACACACCACAUUACACACUCACACUUUUACACUCAUCAUUUGCUGCUGCUGCUCUGUUCCUUAAUUUACUCUUAUUGUUAUCUAUCCUGAUCCCUAGUCACUUUAUCCUGCCUUCAUGUACAUUUCUACCUCAAAUACCUCAUACCUCUGCACAUUGAUCUGGUACUGGUACUUGCUGUAUAUUGCUCCAUUCUUGUGUAUUUUAUUUUAUUCCUCUUGUGAUACUAUUUUAUUUUUAAAACUGCAUUGUUGGGAAGGGCUCGCAAGCAUUUCACGAUAAAGUCUACACCUGUUAUUUUUUUGCGCAUGUGACAAAUAAAAGUUGAUUUGAUUGGAUUUUGAUGUACACUACAUUUUAGCAGACGCUCUUAUCCAGAGCAACUUACAGUUAGUGAAUGCAUACAUGUUUUUAUUACAUUUUUUUAUACUGGCCCCCCGUGGGAAACCAACCCACAUCCCUGCCGGCCAAACCCUCCCCUACCUUGGACGACACUGGACCAAUUGUGUGCCGCCCAUGGGUCUCCUGGUCACGGCCGGCUGCGACAGCCUGGACUUGAACCAGGAUCUCUAGUGGCACAGCUAGCACUGCGAUUCAGUGCCUUAGACCACUGCGCCACUCGGGAGUCAUCUGUUGCUUAGCUCCCGCUGAAUCAACUGUUAAAACCGAAUAGAAAAUAUUGACUCUUGAAUCACACAGGCUUAAAAAACAGAGUGAUGCUAUGACAAAUUGACUCAGUUCCAGGGUGUAGAUAUAGAUUAGUCAGAUGGUACGCAUGGUUAUAAGUCACAGAUGGUGAGGACAGCUUUUCAGCAGUCAGUCUAAUGCCCCGUUUGCUGUGUGUGUGCUUCCACCGUCUCUGUGUGAGUGUAUGAGAGUGUAUACGUGUGUGUGUGUGUGCAGCCUCUGGCUCUGCUUCUUAAUGUGAGAGGCUGAAUGAUAGUGUGAUGACAGGAUCAGUGAGAGAGGUACGGAUGCUCAUAUAGCUGGCCAGAGUCCCUGCCCAUCUUUUGAAAACGUCUGAAAACCUACCUUUUCAAAGAAUAUCUUAAAUAAGACAUCUCAGUCAGUCUUAUCGCCCACUAAUAAAGAAAAAAUGACACUUCUCUUUUACUACUAGCACUAACUUUGCUGAUAACUUCUUUAUUGUGGAAAAAUGUACUUACUACGACAGUGAUAUGUGGUUGUCUCACCUAGCUAUCCUAAGAUGAAUGCACUAAUGCUGCAUUUAGAGGGUACGAGGUAGACGGCAAACCGGAUGUAAUUGUUUUCAAUGAGAGCACGAUGGUACAUGCCAUUGAGGCUGGCGGUGAAUGCCAUCAGCUGCCACGAUAGACAGGACUUGCCGCCAGAGUUCAAAUAGUUCUACUGCCAUCUGUAUUGUUUUUACACAGACUCAGCUCGUCCUUGGUGUCAUGGGAGUGGAUGUUGCGAUCAACGAAAUUAAGAAGAAGACACCAACAUACAGGGUAAGUACGUCACACAUGCACACAGCACACAUGCAGUAGAAAUAUCUUUACUUUUUUCACUGAUUUUAAGUUUCAACUCUGUCCCUACAGCUUGGAGCCAAUGGAUACACUUAUGCAAUCGACCAAAAUGGCUAUUUGCUCCUGCACCCCAACUUGCAACCUAAGGUACAGUAGGACCCAAACUGUCCUCAAGCCCCUCCUACUAACUACUACUGACUCUAGUUCUAUACAUCAUUAGUAUUUCUCUGUUCUGGAGGUCUUGGAUUUUCUACCCAGAUACGGGUAUUAUUCCUGGUGUCUGAUUGGCUGCAUGUCUCUCUCUCUCAGAUCAGUAACUUCAGAGAGCCUGUCACUCUGGACUUCCUGGAUGCUGAGCUGGAGGACAGUAAAAAGGAGGAGGUAAAGACAGUGAUCACCUGAACACCCACAGAUCUCUAACAUCGGAACUACAACUGUAUUACAGUGGUCCCAUGACCAAACUGUUGAAUCAAAUCUUACAGUUGGUUUUUGUUAACGUAUAAAAGUAACUCUCCUUCUCUAUUUUGCCUUUGUCAUUUCCUUAUAAUUGUUUUAUUCUCAUGUUCUGUCUGUUUCUAUCCCCCGCUCUCUCUCAGAUCCGUCGUGAAAUGAUUGAUGGAAAAUCAGGGCAGAAGAAAAUCAAGACACUCAUUAAGUCAGUUGAUGAGGCAAGUCAUCUAUAUAUGAGGCUCAGCCAUGAUCCGUACUGGUACCAUCCAGAAUAACUUGAGUUAUGACCAACGUUCAACUUGUUGUACUAUAGUUCAAGUUGUUUUUGAGGAAGGGAUUCUUUAUAUAUACAGUGCCUUCGGAAAGUAUUCAGACCCCUUUAUUUUUUUCACGUUUUGUUCCAUUACAGCUGUCACGUUGUAUGAUGAUUAGAAGGCAGGCGCAGGAAUACGUAUUAGGGGUUUUAUUUACUCCACCCAACGCAAGGUACGUCAUGGAAAACGACGAGGUGUAACCUCUAUACAAUACACGGGACGAGACCCGUAAUAACAAGAGCACAAUGCACGGUACUCACGAGACCAACGGACAUGGGACAAUAAUCGACAAGGACAAUGGGGAACAGAGGGCACAUAUAUACACAUACUAAUCAGGGGGAAUGGGAACCAGUUGUGCGUAAUGAGACAAGACAGUCUGGGGUUGGUGGAGGCCAGUGACGUAGACCUCCAGAGCUGGUGAACGGAAUGUGCAGCAGUACCGGGGGGAUCCGUGACAACAGCUUUUUUUAAAACAUUUAUUACAUUGUUAUUUUUCCUCAUCAAUUUACAUGCAAAACCCCAUUAUGACAAAGCAAAAACAAGUUUUCUGAAAUUUUAGCUAAUUUAUUAAAAAUAACAUAAGUGAAAUAUGACAUUUACAUAAGUAUUCAGACCCUUUACUCAGUACUUUGUUGAAGCACCUUUGGCAGCGAUUACAGCAUCAAGUCUUUUUGGGUAUGACGCUACAAGCUUGGCACACCUGUAUUUGGUGAGUUUCUCCCAUUCUUCUCUCCAGAGAUGUUCGAUCAGGUUCAAGUCCGGGCUCUGGCUGGGCCACUCAAACUCAUUCAGAGACUUGUCCCGAAGCCACUCCAGCGUUGUCUUGGCUGUGUGCUUAGGGUCGUUGUCCUAUUGGAAGGUGAACCUUCGCCCCAGUCUGAGGUCCUGAGUGCUCUGGAGCAGGUUUUCAUCAAGGAUCACUCCAUACUUUGCUCUGUUCAUCUCUCCCUCGAUCCUGACUAGUCUCCUAUUCCCUGCCGCUGAAAAAUAUACCCACAGCAUGAUGCUGCCACCACCAUUCUUCACCGUAGGGAUGGUGCCAGGUUUCCUCCAGACGUGACGCUUGGAGUGGCUUCCGUCUGGCCACUCUACAAUAAAGGCCUGAUUGGUGGAGUGCUGCAGAGAUGGUUGUCCUUCCGGAAGGUUCUCCCAUCUCCACAGAGGAACUCCAGUGCUUUGUCUGAGUGACCAUCGGGUUCUUGGUCACCUCCCUGAUCAAGGACCUUCUCCCCCGAUUGCUCAGUUUGGCCAGGCGGCCAGCUCUAGGAAGAGUCUUGGUGGUUCCCAACUUCUUCCAUUUAAGAAUGAUGGAGGCCACUGUGUUCUUGGGAACCUUCAAUGCUGCAGAAAUGUUUUGGUACCCUUCCCCAGAUCUGUGCCUCGACACAAUCCUGUCUCGGAGCUCUACGGACAAUUCCUUCGACCUCAUGGCUUGGUUUUUGCUCUGAAAUGCACUGUCAACUGUGGGAACGUAUAUAGACAGGUGUGUGCCUUUCCAAAUCAUGUCCAAUCAAUUGAAUUUAGCACAGGUGGACUCCAAUCAAGUUGUAGAAACAUCUCAAGGAUGAUCAAUGGAAACAGGAUGCACCUGAGCUCAAUUUUGUGUCUCAUAGCAAAGGGUCUGAAUACUUAUGUAAAUAAGGUAUUUCUGUUUUUUGUUUUAAAUACAUUUGCAAAAAAUUAUAAAACCUGUUUUUGCUUUGUCAUUAUGGGGUAUUGUGUGUCGAUAGCUGAGGAUUUGUAUUUAUUUAAUCCAUUUUAGAAUAAGGCUGUAACGUGACAAAAUGUGGGAAAAAGUCAAGGGGUCUGAAUACUUAUAUACUAUAUAUAUAUAUAUAUAUAUAUAUAUAUAUAUAUACUUGGAUUUUAUUCGUCUUUUUCAAAACAAUACAGCAAAAUUGAGGAAGGGAUUCUGAUGCUGAUCAGGGUGAUCUGAUGUUGUUGUCUGAUUUCAGAGGUACAUUGAUGAGGCUAUGCGGACAUACACCUGGACACCGGUGGAAGGCACAGAUUACAGGUGGGUGCUAAACUACCAGCCUUCAUCUGGAUAGUGUUCUCUAGAAACCAAACAGAAGAAAAUGGGCCGAAACAGGGAGGAACUAUAUUAACUUGUCCAAUAAGAAACUUGUUUUCCGUUGCAAAAUAGUUUGCUACGGUUUCCAACAGUAUGCACUAAUGAAUACGACCUUGGCUGGAAGAUUGAGAGCUGAAGAUGAGUUCAGACCUGACCCUUUGAUUAAGAUCUAUAACCCAUCUAUAAAUCACAGAAACUUGCUUUCGACGAGUGUCAUUCAUCAACCACUGGUGUGUAUAAAUUCAGAGAUAUGGGCUCCACCUAUCAACCAUGACUAUCCACCAAAUCUAUUAGUGAAUUUGCCUGCUGUCUACGUAGUGGAUUAUUCACCGGAAUCACCAGAAAUAAAGACACACACUCCUUUCUCUUGUAAAAUAACUGUAAUAGGAUCCUAAGCACAAAAUAACUGCAUGCUUUAUUCAUUUUAUUCAUCUCCAAGUUGCAUUAUAACACAAUUUCCUCCAGCCAACACUUUGCAAAUUACAUUUUAUGAUAUUCAAUAGUCCUAGAUAUGUGUUUUUUUUAUCUCUGUUGGCUGGGAGCCAGGUGUUGGUUUCUGUGGAGCCGACUUGAACACAGUCCCUCUCUUCAAUUCUAUUAGCACAUCAUUAAGCUUGAACAGUUGUUAUAUUUCUCUGGUCAUUUAAACCUCUUGUGUUGUGUGGGUGCAGGUUGUUCACACUUCACGAUUACAGAAUGCUGUCAUUUGUGUCCAAGGUGAAGGCUCUGUAUGUGGGGUGUGUGUGUGUGCGUGCGUCCGUGCAUGUGUGUAUUAGGACAUAAAUACUAUGAUCCUGAUGUUGUUUUGUGUCUGCCUCACCACUCCAGUCUCGGGCUGGUACUGCCUACAUACAGUGAGAACCACAUCAAGGCUAACCUGAGUGACCAGAUCCUGCAGGUGCAGUGUAAGUACCAGGAGACGCCCAACUCUCUCUCUCUCUCUCUCUCUCUUUCUUUCUCUCUCAAAUAUGACCUUACGCCCCCCUUACUAAGUCCUGUAUCCGGGAUCUCCAGUGAACACCAUUGUAGGGACGAUCAGAGUGGAGCGCUACUCUAUACCUCCUUCUCCUCUCCUCUCCUCUCCUCUCCUCUCCUCUCCUCACCCCCCUCUCCUCCCCUGUGACAGUGACAGGGACAUUUUGGGUGUGAAACUCUUUCCUCCCCACCCCCCCACUAUCUACCCUCCUGUCUUCAUACUGUGCUGUAUACUAUGGUGAUUUUUUUUCUUCACAACUGUUGAAGAAAAAAUCGGAAAUGACAGAAAGGUGAAAGCUAUGGUUUUACUGUGUUAUUAAGGUGAAAAUAAUGGUGUCCUUGUGCUAUUAUUUUUCUUUGCCAAAUGCUCUCGCCUCUUCUCCACCAACAAGCAAUGAUUCUGAAGCGUCUGUGUUUGAAACUUUUUUGAUGUUUCCAAACCGGUGAAAACAGGCAUGCUUUUCACUCUUUUCUGUUGUACGACUUUUGUUAUGAUUUCUAUUGAGUUUACUUCCUGUUGAGUUCCUAGAUGUGUGAUUAUUUUCUGUUGGACUGUUCCUUGUUGUUGUUUUGUAUUUAGCUUUGGAAUCAUUCAGUCGAUAAACUCCCACGGCCCGUGACGAGGGUCUGUCCUUCCUCUGUGGGAGUUUGGGUUUAGUGGGUCUCAAUGGGGACACCUGUUGUCUCUCUCAUGCUUUCUUUCUCCAGACCCUGUUGCUCUGCUCUUUUCCUGGUUUAUUCUGUUCCAUUUAUUUUGCGAUCCUCCAUGGUUAACUCUCGCAGUGCCGGUUUUGUCCUUUACUGUUUCUUCUUUCAUUCUGUUUCUCGACUUUCUGAUUUUCCUUUUCCUCAUUCUGUUCAGUUUCUUGUUUGCUCUUGCAAAAAAGGUGUUUGUUCUCCAUUUAUUUUCUUUAUCGUCUGUUUGACUUAAUUGGUUUCUUUCUUUUGAAAAAGCAAUAUUUUUAUUCAAAUAAUAAUUGAAUAAAAUAUUGUCUGUGACCCCCCCCCCCCCCCCCUCCCCCUACCCCUACCCCCUGUUUCUUUUCUUGCUCACUACUUCUCUGACGGAUCCACACAGUUCCAUACACCAAGGGCAAGUAUACUCCAUAUUGGUCCACGUUCCCUACCUUUACCUCCUACUCCCUACUGCUGCCUCCUCCCACACCUCUCGUCCUUAACCUCCUCCCACCCUCGCUGCCCCCCACCCUCACCUGUCCCAGCCUGCUUGCCUCUGUUCCUGCCCGUCUUGCCUCCAAGACCCUCCUCUUCCUCGUCCUCCUCUUCCUCCUCACUCUCCACCCACCCACCCACCCUCCUGCUGCAGCUCAGACCCCAUCUCUCUCACGAUGGCUCCUCCAGUCUCCAACCUCACCUCCACGUCUCUGGUGCUUCAGUCACACUCAGGCCUCUAACACCCAAAGAAGACAGAUAAUAUCCAUGUUCUCUGUUAAAACCUUUGUCUUUUGUCCCCUCUAUACCUCCCUCUGUGGAUAGCUCUCUGGGGUUGUCUCAGUUUACUAUCCAUCUCUCUCUCUCUCGCUUUCCUUUUUUUUCUCCUCUCUCUGUCCCUUUCUCUCACUAUUUCUCUCCCUCCAUCUCUCUAUCUCUCUCCCUGUUUUACAAUGUCAUUGUAGCUGAAAGGAUGUCUUAACUCUCACACCAGUGUACAGGAGUUGAGAGAGCCGCCAUCGUUUCCCGAAAGCCCAGUGGAGCUAAGAACGUUCUCCAUCUUAACUGUCCUCACACUAGAGCAGGCGAAACUCUCCCUGUAAUGUUAAAGCAUAUUUUGUCAUUAUAAUGUAGUUCAACAAACUGAAGUUAACUCCAUUGCUUUAUAUUAGGAUAACUAAGUCUGGUCCCAUUUGAGUCCCAUUUGAGUCCAUUGGUCCCCAUGGUAGUACAUCUAAGAAUGUCACCACAGUUUAUCAACUAUUUACAACAUUAUCAUGAUUGCUGCAUUUAGGCUAUUAAUAUGUUAGCUUGACUAAGGCCACCGGCAUUUUAGCCAAGCUGUUUAAGCCCAGGUGAUUUAGUCCCCAUGUUUGCCUUACUAAGGUUAUUUAGCAUGUUAGCUUUACUGAAAUUGACUCCAUAUUAGAACAACAGACUGUGUUAGUUAGCUCAACUGAAUUGUUCAUUUAUGUUAGCUAGUGUCAGUGCUGCUGACUGAUCUCUUUAGGGCCACACUGUGGACCACCCUGGUCCUCUCAUGUUGUUGGGUACGUGGCAGAGCGCCCCGUGGCGCCUGCCUCGUGUGUCGUCCCUCUGUAACCCCUGUCUCCAUCAGCUUGUCUCCCUCCUCCCCCUAUCAGCCCUCAGACUGCUGGGGGAACGGCCCUCUACUUCCUCCUCAAAACAACCAUGACCCGGAUAUGCACGGCAUUGUGGGCGCAACACUACCUGGGCACUCAUAGAACUGCAGUCAGGCCUUCAAUUUAUUUGUUUUCAAAUAUCUACGUCUCAUCUACUUUCUCAUGAUUUAUAGAGAUGAUCUGAAAUGUAAAGGAAGUCAGAUAACAAUAGAUAUAUUGCACUACCAAUGUUUAAUGAGGUGAAGAGACUCAUAGAUAAAACAAAAACGUUUAUAUCUGAAUAAAAACAAAUUAGGUUAGCUUCCUAGAGGUAAAGCAAGUUGCCCAUUGAUAUGCCCUUCACAAUGCAAUGCAUUUCCCCUGAUUGUGUGUCUCUCUGAGCCGUGUCCCCUGCCAGUCUGAGGGGUGACCACUUCCAUCAGGACCCCUGCGCCACCACCUCUCCCUGCAAUAGUUGGCCAUGUUGAUGCCUGCCUGUGAAAUGCACUCAUUAUGGGUUAAUCUGUCUGAGAACUCAUUUCCCGUCAUGAUGUGUGAUGGAAGUCAGUUCUCCGACAUAAAAAAAGAACAAUUAACGUCAAAAUCAAAUCAAAAUGGUUGGAUUGAUCUGGUGAUGAUUUCUCAAUGGUGAUGAACUAAAGUGGAAAAUGGGUAAGAAAGUGAGUGCUGGUUGAAACUGUUAAAGGCAGAGUCAGGUUGCAUUUGAGGCACCAUAUUGGCUAAUGCUGGUGUAUCCCCCAUGAUUCCUCUUCGGUGUUGCUAUGGUAACUCCCUUCCGCUUUCCCUGCACCCCUGAAGAACAGCCGCUGUAUACCAAGGGUCCCCCACUGCUCGGCUCAUGGCUCUUCCCAGAUAAUCUUCCCCUUUCUGUUGCAGAUUUUGAAUCUCUGCUGCCAAACAGUUUUGAGUCUGAAGGACAUGUAUUCAUAGCUCCCAGGUAGCUUUGUGUGAAUGCUUGCUCUCUUCCCAUUUGUUUUGAUGGUCCUCACUGUAGUGUUUAUCCACCACCGUCAGCCCACAGCAUUACCCUGUUUGUUAUCUACCACCACCACCAUGCCCAAACCCCAAUCCCCAAUCCUUCAACACUUCAACAUCACACCAAUAAGUCUCCUCAGCCACUGGUCAUUUGUUAUUGUCAGUCACAACUCUCAUUUCUUUUCUUGUGGGGUUCAAGCCUGUGCUUUUGGUUAUGUUGUUGUUGUUGCUGUUGGUUUUCUCAUAUCCUGGUUUGACUUUGUGUGUUUUUUGUUGACAAAGUGAGGAGUGUGACGAUACUUGUGUUUUUAUUUUGCUGUUUCUGAAAACAACAGAAUUUAUAUAGCCCACUUAUUUGGAAUUUCAGUGCAUUCAAUCCUUCUCCCUUCCCACCCAAGUAACCCGUCCCAUCCCAAAACGGACCCUCCCUGCCCCAAGCACUGUUCCUGUGCUCCCACACACCCUUUGCAUGGCGCCUGUUGGUGCUGCAUGGUUUUGUGUGUGUUUGCGUAUUCCAGAGUGUGUUCAGUAUGUAAUCUUGAGAAGAUAAAGAUAAAGUAUAAAGUUAAUGUGUAUAAAAAAGUGAAUGAAAAUCCCUCCCUUUGCAUGUUUUCUUUUUGUCAUGAUCAAACCUUCAUCCAGUAAGCUCCCAGCUCUGUGCUGAAAGACUGACAAGUGCAUUCACUCAGUCUGCUGUCAGUGUGUGCUGCGUUCACCAGCCCUCCUCUACGCCAUAUUUCACUCUGACAGCCUGUCUCGUCAGCAUGUUUGAAUAUCCUGACAACCGCAGGACAUGCAUGCAUAUGAGUUCUAUGAGUGUGUGUGCUGUGAGAGUGUUUGGGAAUGUGCAUUUGGGUUCAUGCAUAGUAAAUAAGAGCUGUCCCUAUCCCGGCUCAAAGAAUAUACUGUUAGAGGCAAGUGGGAAGCCAGACACUGUAUGUGUGUGUUUGUUCUCAACUGUUGUUGGGGCUAAAAAAUGUCACCGCCGACUGUCCUCAGGGAAUACUGCAGUGAGCUGGAGCUCUCCAACAACAACACUGACUUCCUGCUCAACUUCAUCGCUCUCAUGGAGAAGGUGACUCCUGACUCCAAACAAUGUGAGUCCCUCCAUUUCCCUCGGGAGAGACUACCUCUCUUCUUACUGCAACCUCGCCACGUGGAAAUGUAAUGGCAGGAUCAGAAUUCUCAUUGUUUACGUUUUACCGCUAUACACAGUAUUCUAAUGCACAAUCACAAUCAACAAUUUGCUGACAAUCAUAAUGCCUCUUAAAUCAUGUCCCCUUCCUCCUUGUGGUCUAAACCAGGUGACAACCUGCUCCUUCAUAACCUCAUCCUGGACACUGGCAUCAUCAGACAGCUGGUGGAGAAGGUGUGGAAGACCAAAGACCUCACCACGUGAGUAGAGGAUUGCAUGUGUACUAUGUGUUAUAUCCAGAGUCUGUGUACUUCCUGUAUUCUCACUCUCCUGUUCUGGUUUGCAGAUAUGGCUUUUUGGCAGUGUUCGCUGCAACAGAUGGAGGGAUUACAAGAGUGUUUCCCAACAAGUGAGUAUUUUAAGUUGUAUGUACAGUACAUUGUAUGUAAAGCCUCCCAAACAUUUGUUUGAAACAUUGGACCAAUUUCAAGUGCCAAAGUCAAGUGCCUAAAACGUUAAAUAAAAUUAAACGUAUCUAAAGUGUACAUUUUGAUCAUCUUGCUUGUAAACAAACAUAUAAACCGGUACUAAAAAUCCAGGAUAGUUGGGACCAAGGUAGCUGCCAUUAUACAUUACACUUUAGUAGCUUCUUGCCCUGGCUCUGAGCUCAUGAGUUUUAAUGUUGUGCUGAUCCUCAGGGCUGCUGAGACCUGGGAGGAGGACCCUGAGCCUUUUAACGCCAGCUAUUACCGCCGCAGUCUGGACAACAAGGGCUACAUCUUCAGAGCGCCUUAUCGUACCUGUGAGUAAUCAUCUGUCUCACCACCACCCAGGCGCUGUUACUAAAAUCCUUAUGGGAUCUGUUCUAUUGACUUGUUUGUUAUUCACUCCGUCCCUCCUGUCUCCUCUGUGUCUCCUCCUCCUCCUCUACCCCUCCUGUCUUCUCUGUUUGUCUCAUCUUCCUCCUCCCAUACAGUGAAUGAUGAGCUGCUGAACCCAGAGAACGACACCAUAGGGAUCCUGGUCAGCACUGCAGUGGAGAUCACAGUGGGAGGGAAGACCAUCAAACCUGCAGGUGGGCCGUCGCCGCAAAACCCCGGGACUCUUGGACUCUGAGAGGGAAGGGUUCAUUAGCAUUGGUGGAGGCAUGAUUAGUAGUGUGGUUUGUUUCUCAACUGCAGGCAUAGUAGGAAUUUGGAGGGAAAGAAAUGUCUCACAGUAGGAGGAAAAUGUCUCUCUCUCUCUCCCCCUUCUCUUUCAUGUCUUUGGGAAUAUAUCAAUGUCUCUCACUCUGUGUAUGACUAGUGGUUGGAGUAAAGCUGGAUCUUGAGGCCUGGGUGGACAAAUUCAAGAUCCUGGCUAGCAACCAAACAAGUCCAACAAGUGACAACCGCCAAGUCCAACAAACGGUAACAAACACAAGGACAACCAGGAAUUGAACCCACACAAACAUAUGAACUGUGUUUUUUUUUGCUGAUCCUUGAUGAUUAUUUGUUUUUGGCAGUGUGGACCAACCAGUGGCUGUGAGAUGGACUGUGAUGCCAACAGCGAAGUAAGAUUAGUAAUAAUGUUACUAUCAUGUUUUCAGUGGUAGAAUAUGCAUGAAACUCAGACAUAGUGUAGAGUAAAACAGACAUCCAGUGGGGGUCGUCAUCGUUGUACGUGUGUGCCUCUACCUGCAGGACCUUCUGUGUUACCUGGUGGAUGACGGUGGUUUCCUGAUCAUGUCCAAUCAGAAGGACUACUGGAACAAGGUGUCCAGACAGUUAAUACAGAGCUUUAUUGAACUCAGUCUAUCCUUGACAUAGCUGCGUGUUGUAUAACUCUGUAUUCCCUCUCUUCUACAGAUUGGCAUGUUCUUCAGUGAGGUGGACCCUUACCUGAUGCAUGCUCUCUACAACAACUCCUUUUACAACCGGAAGCAGUCCUUUGACUACCAGUCUGUGUGUGACCCUGUGCCAAGCAGCAACACCGGGGCUGCACCUAGAGGAGUGUUUGUGGUAAGGACAACAAUGAAAGCUUUUGGCUGUAGUCCUAAUGAAAAUACACAUGUUUAAUGUGUAUUUUAUAUUGUAUUAUACAGGGCACAUUUGGAAAAGAGACCUAGGUCUCAAUAUGUCUUCCCUGUCAAAAUAAAGGUUAAAUCAAAAUCUCCCUUUCCACCCAUCAGUGGAAUGCUUGAAAGCUUGAAGGCUGGCAAAUAACAAAUUGUGAAUACUCAAUGUGUUCAUGUGUUAAUGUUUCCCUCUUCUCCUCUCGGGGUGGUCAGCCCACCAUUGCAGACUUUGUGAACCUGGCCUGGUGGACAUCAGCAGCUGCCUGGUAAGACCAGAGAAUACAAACAUACUAUAACCUGAAACACACACUGCUAAAACAAAGCCACAUAUUUGCAUCCUUAAAACAAUAUAAAAUACAUAUGUUUAAUGGGUAUUUUAUAUUGUAUUAUACAGGGAACAUUUAGAAAAGAGACCUAGGUCUCAAUAUGUCUUCCCUGUCCAAAUAAAGGUUAAAUCAAAAUCUCCCUUUCCACCCCAGGUCCUUAUUUCAGCAGCUGCUCUGUGGAAUGGCUUACCACAGUUGGUUUAUCACAGGUGGGUACAAAGCAGAUAUAUUCUGUUUCCUGCACAUCAGAGGUGCUCUAUGUGUUUACCCUACACUUUUGAAGUGUUAUAUCACUGUCAUAUAUGUUUCUUUAUAAUGGAAAGCGAUUGCAACACUAGACUGUACUAGUGAUAUAUCUGGUGGGGGCGAGCGCAACCACUGAUCAGAGCACCCACUGAUGGGAGCAGCCAUUUGUAUUUAGCAGACGUUUGUAUUGUUUUUGUAUUGUAUUGUUGUUGGUUUAAUAAAAAAUAAAAUACAAAUGUAUUUGUCUUUGUCCGUGUGUUGUAGAUGAGGUGGAGGCUGAGGGGAUGGACUCCAGAGAGACCAGCUGUGUGACGAUACAGACUCAGUUCUACUUCACUAACAUCAGCAGCUCCUAUGACAUCCUGCAGGACUGUGGGAACUGCUCCAGGUGACUUCACUAUACACUAACAACUCAUACACAAACAUGGUUCAUGGAACAUGCAGUUCGGUAAUAGUCCUUAAUUAAUCUAAAAGUUGAUUCAAUGCUAUCAGAACUAAUGAAAUAGUAACAUCAUUAAGUAAAUGAGCCUAGACUAUCCUAUGGAGCUGAUCCAACAGUAAACAAGCUUGUGAUAUAAGAAGAGUUUGUUGUUGACACGGUCUCUCUCUCUCUGUGUAGGCUGAUCCAUGCCAAGAGGUUAAACAACACCAACCUGCUGUUUGUGGUAGCAGAGAAGAUGCCCUGCAACACCUGCGAGGUGGAGAAACUGUCCCAGGCGGAGACAGAGUGUAUCCUUACCAAUCAGGGGAGAACGACUGCCCCCUCUCAUUGAAGCCACGGAUGUUCAAGGCCGACCGCGGUACUGCAGGCAUUGUUAGCCGAGAACAGGAUCCCACAUUAUAGUGAAUGGAAAAAUUGCAAUUCGUGGUCAAUCUUCGUGUAAAUCCAAAAAUGUUUUGAAAACAAUCACGGUACCAAUAAUUGCAGAUGUAGCAGAUUUAUGUCCUUGAAACUAUUAUUUUAAAAUCACACACAGAAGAAGUUAUAAUAAUAUAACAUACUGGAAGAAGUUAUAAGGUUAAUUUAUACUGAACAAGAAUAUAAAUGCAACAUGCAACAAAUUCAAAGAUGUUACAGUUCAUAUAAGGAAAUCACUCAAUUGAAAUAAAUAAAUUAGGCCCUAAUCUAUGGAUUUCACAUGACUGGGAAUACAGAUAUGCAUCUGUUGGUCACAGAUACCUUAAAAAAAAAAAGUAGGGGUGUGGAUCAGAAAAUCAGUCAGUAUCUGGUGUGACCACCAUUUGCAUUAUUCAGCGCGACACAUCUCCUUCACAUAGAGUUGAUCAGGCUGUUGAUUGUGGCCUGUGGAAUUUUGUCUCACUCCUCUUCAAUGGCUGUGCGAAGUUGCUGGAUAUUGGCGGGAACUGGAACACGCUGUCGUACACGUACAGAUCCUUGCGACAUGGGGCUGUGCAUUAUCAUGCUGAAACAUGAGGUGAUGACGGCGGAUGGAUGGCAUGGCAAUGGGCCUCAGGAUCUCGUCACGGUAUCUCAGUGCAUUCAAAUUGCCAUCGAUAAAAUGCAAUUGUGUUCGUUGUCCGUAGCUUAUGCCUGGCCCAUACCAUAACCCCACCGCCACCAUGGGGCACUCUGUUCACAACGAUGGACAUCAGUAAACCGCACGCCCACGCGAUGCCAUACACGUGGUCGGUGGUUGUGAGGCCGGUUGGACGUACUGCCAAAUUCUCUAAAACGACGUUGGAGGCGGCUUAUGGAAGAGAAAUUAACAUUACAUUCUCUGGCAACAGCUCUGUUAGACAUUCCUGCAGUCAGCAUGCUAAUUGCGUGCUCCCUCAAAACUUGAGACAUCUGUGGCAUUGUGUUGUGUGACAAAACUGCACAUUUUAGAGUGGCCUUUUAUUGUCCCCAGCACAAGGUGCACCUGUGUAAUGAUCAUGUUGUUUAUCAGCUUCUUGAUAUGCCACACCUGUCAGGUGGAUGGACUAUCUUGGCAAAGGAGAAAUUCUCACUAACAGGGAUGUAAACAAAUUUGUGCACUAAAUUUGAGAUAAAUAAGCAUUUUGUGCGUAUGGAAAUUUUCUGGGAUCUUUUAUUUCCAGCUCAUGAGACAUGGGACCAACACUUUAUAUUUUUGUUCAGUGUAGAUCAAUGGUUUUGUCCAUCCAUGUAUACAGUCAUUGUUACCAACACAUGCACACCUGCUGUUGGAAAUCUUCUCCUUUCACUUGUCUCUCUUUAUAGACUUAUUUAUUUUUCACAUUCAACUCACUGGUGUUAUUGUCAAACCAUGUGAAUUUGGGCUUGGUCCAGUUCAGCCCUUGCUGCCUAUUCUAACCAAAGCUGUAUGUUGUGAUAAUCUUUGUGUUAAAUGUUUUUUUUUAUGGCAUAAACCUGUGUAAGUGGUAGCGGAAGCUAUAGGGCAGGUGUGUAAACACAUAGAGACUUUGAGAGUGACUAUACAGUAUGCAUGUAGGUAGUGUGUGUCAUUCCUUAACCACACGUCUUCCAGUCAAGGAGGAUAACCCAUCAUGUGAGGAUAUGAGUGCAGCGCGGUAUCGAAGAGGGCCCACUGUGUGCUACGACUACAAUCUCGCUGUAAGACUUACAACUGAGUGGACAACUCAGCACUCGUGUACACAGACACUAGAAUAAACAUACUGUAAAUAUGCUCAUGCGCACAGACCCUAUUUUCACUUAGACACACACCAUAGAUAUACAUUUUUUUUUUAUUUUAAAUGAUACUGUAUCACUUUAUAAAUGUCUCCUUUCCUCUCCAGGAGAACACAUCAGACUGUGGGCGGGGCCACUCCUUCCGCCCCUCCCUUCAGACCCUGGUCAUGAUUCAGCUCGUCCUGCUCUAUCCAAUCGCCAGCCCCCAUAUUCUACCCCUCCUACUUUAAUUUUCCUCCUGUCUGCUCCCACCAGCUUUGUCCAUCCUAAAGCCCCCGCCCUCUCCCCUCUAUGCCCCGCCCCUUCUCUAGUCAUAGGUAAUAAUGGGACUUCCUGUCACUGCAACUCGGAAGCCCUGAGUACCGCACUACUGUACCCAGCUAGCUUCUGUUGUUGUUUCUUAGUGACGGUUGCAGGACCUUUAUGUUCUCAGCGAGUUACCUACCUUCAUCCAUGUGAAGAGAUUUAGGUGGUGUUCCAACAACUACAAUCAUCAGAGGCUGUCAGAAAAGAAAAAAGACCCCACCCACAUCAACAGGACAAGUUACAAGUGAAAAGUUAAAGACAAGUUGGAUGCCAUGUCACAGAGCUCCAGCCGUCAUGGAUACAGCAGAGUUUAGGUUGUCUGUUUCUGUCUCUGUUAGUCAGACGGGAUGAGGAGACAUUGCCUCCAUCGCUCUCAUUCAUCUCUGAUCUGCUCAGAAUCUCACCACUCUGUCAUGUGCCUCUAAUAGGGGGCUACUGUGCAUACCAUUCAGCCAUUUAUAGUUACUGUAACAAGAAAAUUAAGGAAAAAAAGAACUUUCAAGUAUACAAAAACAUACAAUUAUAAACUGUUGAAGUGAUGAGUAUUCAAACCAUAUAUUAGAGUAUCAUUUGCAAUGGAAGUUGUUAGGUGUUACAUUAAUUUAUUUAUGCACUAUAUCUACUUCUUGCCAAAAUGAGAUACACUUUUCAUGUGGUCUUAUUUGUAUAGCCAAAUUAGUGAGUCGAAAAAGAAAACCCCAGAAACGGAAGCUACAGAAAAAGUGUUAGGAAUUACUGAGUUUUUAACUGACAGCGGCUGAAUACCGAUUCUUCUUGUGCACAUCUACUGUUCUUCACUUGAAGUUAGAACUUUUUCUGCCCCAGGAAGCACGGUACUGUGUAUAUAUAAUCAUUGUAACAAAUGGUAAUAUGGAACUACUCUAUCAAGUAGUAGUCUUACAAGGAAUAACAUCUGACAUCUUUGAUCAUCAUAGUUGACUAAUGUUAGGUAAUGAAUUGGUAAGUAUGUGUCCGAAUCAGACAGAGUGAAUUAUAACUUUUCCCUUGCAAAAAACAAGAAAUACUAGGCUACUACUGUUUAUUAGGGAUCGGUAUUUAGCCUCUGAAAAUUCAGACCUUUUGGGCUUCAUUGCUGUAGGUGGUGUAUAAUACAGUACUAUCCUUUCUGAUCAAUGGACAUUCUGACCUCUGCUACAGAUGGAUGACGCAGGACCCCAGUGAAAGCUAACCCCUCUACCAAUCCUCAUACAGCCGCUCCACCAGGUCCGCUAAUAUUCCUAGGACUGUAUUUGUAUGCGCUUAUAAUCUGUUGCCACCACAGCAGAUAAACAAAUAUCUAUUCCGACCGGCCCAUAAGCAUCUCAUUUUAGAUGCAGGUGGGUUUUGGCAGACCUUAGCUUGUAUUACCUUUGACAGAUGCUGUAUAACUUCAGACCAUUUGCUGCUGGGAGAUUGGGGCUUAACACUUCCCACAUAAAGAAAUGCAGCAAAGGUCACUACUGCUUAUGGUGACAACUGAGCUGCAGUCUGGGUGUGUAAUCCGUUACGUGUCAUUGUGAUCAAUUUGAAGUGAAACGUCAUUAGACUCCCAUGUUUAGGAGCCACGCUCUGUUGUCAUUGUGCCUUGGUGCACUUCGUUUUGGAAAGCAUUGGCUAUAGAGCUACUGUACAGUAUCUUUAUAGAACAGCCACCCUAAUGGCUAUGGAGCUACAAGAUCUUUAUAGAGUCAGUCUAUUGGCUAUAUAUCUACGGUAGCUUUAUACACCAUAUUGACUAAGAGGAUAUUGUAGCUUAAUGUAGACAUCAAAUUGGCUGUGGCUAUUAGCUGCUGUACCAUACCAGGGCUACCUGACUGCCACCAUAUAGAGUUGCUGUACAGUACCUUUACAUGGCGAUCUAUAGAGCUACACUAUCAGUAUAAAGCGAAUUAACUGGCCAUAGCGCUACCUGACUGCUAUCGUUGCAUUUCUGCCUGAACCAUAUGUGCGUUUGUGUUUGUGUAUGGGUGUAUGUUUGUUUGUGUUAACCCUCAAAGGGAAUGUAUUUAAAACUGGGUUGAGAGGAUGAGGAAUGACAGUUGUGGUAGUGUAGCUGUUUGUUGUUCCAAUUCCAAUGGAUGAAGUGUUAUAUCAGAUUUAGUAAUGGAGAUAAAAAUGAGCUAAUCCAUUUUUUUUUCUGACCGGUUUGCUCAAUAUGUUGUCAUGAGGGGGCUGCAUACUGUAUGUGGCCCCUGCAUUCACAGAGGUGUUCAAAAGAAUGUUUAAUAUGUCAGUGUGUUUCUGUUUCUAAGGCAACAUAGUGACGAAGCCUCUCUUAAUGCCUUAGUGUUCUAUCAAGCGCUAAUUCAGUGUUCUCUCUCUUACACACACACACACACAACAUACACACACAAUGAGCCUCCCAAAUAUUUACUUUUCUCCGAAGACUUUCCCAACCCAGAAUGUUGAGCUCUGAAUUUGAAGGGGUUUAGAUUUUGAUAUGUCCGUUCGUCUAUAUAAAAUGAUGUGAGUUUCUUGUACACAUGCCGCCCUUUGAUUCCUGCUUGGAGUGGAGGACUUUCAUAGUUUAUAUCUAAGUCUGAAUUUGUGUUGACUCUGAAAUCCCUCCACUCCUCCUCGCUGUCUCAGUUUGUUAACGUGAACACAUCAUAAUCUAAACCCCAAAACCUCCUUUACUGUGUAACCAUGAAUACACACAUAAUGUACAGUGAACAAUAUCAUUUUUGCCAAGACAAAAUGUUAGGUAACUGCAUCAUUAUCUCAAUGAAAGACUGGGCCAAAAUGAAAUUCUGAAUCUGCAAUUGGCUCCUUUCAAUGUAUGGGUCCACCAUUUUAGAAAUGACUCUUGUAGUUCUAUUGUAUUCUAUCACAGCAAUUGUUUGUCCCUCUGUAGAUCGCUACAUUCACAUGUAACACUAACAGUUAUACCUACACAUGCACAGAUGGGGGGAUGUUCAGCUCUAGACUGA